AUGAGUGACACUCUCAGACUCCCUUCGCUCCAGGUGAGCGUCCCAAACGAUGGUACAGCAUCAGAUGGAGGAAGCAACGUUAUUUCAGAUUGCUCCAUUAACUCGUGUUCCUCAACACCGACUCUCAGGCGGAAGAGAUUUAAGAUGAGGCGUAUGAGGAACGUGCCGAGCGAGAAGGAGAGCGAAAGAGGCCGCCUAGCCGUCGGUCAACUCACGGCUCGAUCUCGCUCCAGUUCCAAGGAGUACCUCCAGCUGCCUUCUAUCGAGAUCACGCCAUCCAGUGACGAAGAUGGCCCUUCUUCCUGGUCCCGCUGCUCCACGCCCAGUGCCUCGCCAAGACGUAAGCGUUUCCUGUUGAGGAAGUGGCUAAAGGUCCGAGAGAAGAAGGAGCAAGGCAGUGAGAGCAGGUUGGUAUCAUGGGCCAAUCCUACUUACCUUUCCUCAUUCCCUAUUUCUCUCUUAAGUCUCCUCUAACACCCCCAUUCUGCUUCCCUCCAUCUCCUCCAAUGUCUCGGAUCACCAACUUAUUGAGAGCUGUUGCCCUCUAAAAUAAAAACUCUACUGUUGAAUCCCUUUCAACAAACAGCAGCUUAAACAGCUCAGAGUUUACCACAGUACCUUAUAUUUUCAUGCACUUCUUAAGAGUCUUGAUUUCAGCCUGAAGCACAGUGUGCCUUUUUUUGUAUUUAGUUCAAGAACUUCCAUUCACUCAGAAAAAAACAUCUCUUCCUGUACUUGAAAGACUAAAGAUUAACAUGAAGUUCCUUUGAAUCUUAUCUCUAAAGCGGUUUUGUCCUUGCAACAGUUCUGGUACUUUUUUGUGCUUGAGUUAUGAUUCAGGAAAUCUCACUGCUCCCCUGCAUUAUUUCAAGUUUGAUCAUGGCAACACUCUGUUUUACACCAAUUUAAGGGACCACAGGUUUUAAUGAAAAGUCAAUGAGUUGAGUUUAAAAAAAUAUACAAGGAUGUUGCGCUUUUCCUACUAUUUAAAGAAACUGAUCAUCAGUUUCAAAUUAAGAGUUGUCUUUAUUCACCGUAUAACUGAUAGGCUCACCUUUUUUGUGUGCAAACAUUAGAUCCAUCUAUGUCGGUAAUUUGGAGGUUGGAAGUGUAGAUGACCCUUUGUUUACAUGCAUGAGCUGCUGCAGCAAUUGUUAACUUUGAGAGUCUUGUUAACAAGGAAGAGCAGAACAGAGACUUCUACCCAGAGAUCAGUAGAGUCUUCAAGACACCAGAUCCUGGGAACAUGUAUCAGACAUUUAGAUUUUGAGGGCACAUAAAAAUGUUGCCAUUUCAUUUAAAACUUGAAAAAGUUGUGUGAUUGUUAAAAGAAACUCUGGAUGAAUGUUUUCCCACUUAAAAAGUCAAUUUGCUGCUGGUUAGUAAAAUGACUGGGUAUGGAAAGGCUUUCCAGAGAGGCUGAGUCAAUCAGAGGCACUCCUAUGUAAGAGAGGGUAAGUCUUUAGGGGUUUUAGUAGAUGUCUUAGAGAAUCUGAAGACAUCUACUUUGUGGACACUAACAGUAUGUUUGAAUGCACAGUUAAGUUGUGCUACAGCCACAGCUGGAUUUGGUGAUCUAACUGGACGACUGUCCUUGUCUUAGUUACACUACUGGGCAAGAAUCGAAUUAUUGGCAGAUGCAUGUCUGCCUCUGCUACAGUCGAGGGUGACAUGCCCCCUUUCAGCUCAUUACUGUUGCUUUGUCAAAAAAAAAAAAAAGCAGAAAAAAAAAACACAAAAGGCAUAAGUGAGAAGCAAACCAGACAUCUCUUUCACAGCCUUCUGCUGUCUGUUAGAAAAGUUUCAACUUUUUUCCAUCCUCAUUUUGUCUGUUGGGGUUUUAUCUACCACUUUGGCCUCCCACCAAUACAUCUGUGCUCUUAAACCACCAACUCAGAGCCUGGCAGGCGAACACUGGGGCAGUUUCACUUUGAUUGAGCUGUGCGUACAUGACAGAGAAAAUCAGUCCCGUUCUUCAUAAUCCAGGUAUGUUUUCCGCAUAAUCCAGGUAUGUUAGUCUGACUAUUAAAAGUUAAAUAACAGUGCCAUCUCAGUCUGACCAAGACUAACAUGUUUAAAUGCAUUUUAAAAGCCCAGUUUCAGUUGACUUAUUGCAUAAAUCGGUUUUAAUGCAUGAUAACAUAGUGUAUGUCUCAUGCAUUUGUCCCUGUCAAAUUAACAAGUAAAUAAAAAGAUGAAUCUGUAAAAAUUAACAAGCCCAACAAAUAACCUUUGAUGGCCAAGAUCCCCAGGUCUUCAGGUAGUAGCACUGCAUUAAAACUAAGGGCUGCGUGAUAUUGGAAAAAACUAACAUUGCAAUGUGUUUCAACCCUUCAAUAUACAUUUCGAUAUUAGAAAAUACAGGAAUUUUCACCAGAUGACCUGAAUUGCACUUUGUUUUAUGCUGCACUGCUGAAAUCUUGUAGACAGUUAGCCUGCACUGAUCUUACCUCUUUUUGUGAAUGUUAGUAGAACAACUUCUGUCCGUCUUAGAGAUAUUUUUAGCUUGCUUUUAUUGUGCUGGGACUUGUUAUCUCUGUUGUGGGAACAGAUGAAAGGCACUGCCGUGUUGGUCGACAUCAUCCUUCUUGUAACCAAAAUAAUUCCGGAUGACUGAUGUUGCUUUCCUUUUUGGCAACAAGUAUUCAUUUUCGGUGGUUUUCUCUUGUUCAUUUCUCAUUUUGCGUUUGUUGUUGUUGUUACCGGUGUUGUGCUGAGAAACGCAUGCCCACGGAGAAUACCAAGCACAUCACAGAAACGCAAACAGCUUAUAGUAGAGUGGUCCACGGAAAUAUACAAUUUAAAACCCAUACAAUUCUUAUUUAUGGGACUAAACUGUGAUGAGUAAUAUUCUGAAAGUAAUUCUCGGCGGGCAUGUGUUUCUCGGCACAACACUGGCAGUGCCAGCGACUCACUCUAUGUGCAGAACAUGUGCAGGGGCGUGGUUUCCUCCUCUCUAAUUUUGAUUGACGGCUGGCAGAGUAGUCUGAUUGGCAACUGAGUAAAGAAGAAAUGUGAUUGGUGGAUCGCUGCACAGCACACGCAGUCCCAUGCAUGUGCUGUGCAUGUCAACUACCCUUGAAAUUAGAUGAGUUCAUUCGCCUCCUACAUCGCAGGCUCUGCAAUGUGACUAUCGCGCACACAUACAGCGUGAUGACAAUGCUCAAACGAUAUAUCAUGCAGCCCUAAUUAAAACAAUCAUGACCUUGCAGAGGAAAUCACUGUAUCGGUUUAAAAAUCAAAACUAAAUGCCAACAUCUGUCAACAAAGUUUGAUGCAGGUCAAAACUAUUGACUGGAGCCAAUUAAGUAGAAAACUGUCCAGUCGUCCGACAAAUCAAAAUUUAACUUUGUCCAAAAUUUCAGGGGUAUUGCUUUUAACAGGAGAAGGACCACCUUUUAGCAUAGAUCAGAAGCCUGAUUGUCCUGGGACAUAUGCCCAUUGAAUGGGUAGCUUUACCAUCUGGGAAGGUACCAGUAAUGUUGAACAGUAUACACAGGUUUUGGAGCAACUUUUGUGACUAUCAAGAUACUUGAGUUUUGCAGUGGAGACCAAGAAGACGCCAAACUAUAUUUCAAAAGCAUUACAACAGCGUAUUCAUGUGUUUGUAGUAUUUUUAGCCUCAUGAGAGGUUUCAGUGUUCUGCAUCCCAUCAAAUUAUGUGUAGUCUGUAUUUUGCUCAGUCGCACAUCAAUCAAAUGAAUCAUCUGUUUACAACGAUGAGUCAGUUCUGCCGUUGUAAUAUUCUUUUGUCUUAUAGCAGGUUUUGUGUGUAUAUGAUGAGUCAGUCAUGAGUUUAACUGACCCCAUAGAGAAAGUAAUGAGCCCCCUGGCCAUCUCUGAGUCCCAGAUAUUCUAAACAACUAUUUUUCAUCCAUUUGUAAAAUUCAUCAAGUACACCUUUAUUCGUUUUGUUCUACUUGAUCCAUUAGAAAGAAUUGAGAUACUACAUGACCCACUUCUAUUGCUGUAUUUAAAAUGCUCUCUUUCACAGCCUAUUAUAAGAGCAGUUGUCUGCCUUGUUAAAUGAAGAGUCGGGUAGUUAUUCCACUUCUGUCUGUGCUGUUUCUAAAAAGGUAUCACCAGUUCUGGUUGGUAGGCAGAGACAGGUUCAUUACUCACUCCAUCCAUGUGUUCUGUCUUUGCGAGUUGAAGCUACUGUUUCCCCCGGGGCGUGAGUUCACAACCCCAUCAGCCCUCCCUGAGUAUGAAAUACUGUCAUUAUCCACAACGUCAUGAGUGCGGCUCAGCUCCCCCUCAGGCGGUGCUCUGGACUGUUCUAACAAGCUUAAUACCUACUGUUGUGUGAAGACAAUGCAGCUCCUCCUCAGUCAGCUGUUUUUUUUUACCCGCUGCAUGUAAUCUACAAGAAAGUUCUACAGGAUUAAAACAGUGUGAGGUGACAUUAAUAACCCAGACCUUCAUGUUUGUCUUCACUUAAUUAUUCAUGAAACAGAACAAGCACAGUUUGUUGCGUGAAGUUGCGAGGACAUGCUCUGCGAUACACCACUUUCUAUCAAGUCAGCAGCACUGAUCCCCACAUCUAUCUAUUAUUAGUGCCUUGUGGGCAGUUAUCUUCGAACUUAUACUUUUUCAACUUCUUCCACAAUAGAAAAAAAAUAACCAUAUAAAAAAAAUAUAUAUAUUUUCUUGUCACAGUCAUACAGCCUAUGCAGCAUCAUUAUGUGGAAAAUAAAUGAGGACGCUUACUAAGGAUGUUCAGGAGACUGAGCUCGUGUUCUAGCCUGAGUUGCACCUGCGUUCACCGUUACAGAAGAGGGACAGCUCAGUCAGGCUUUACUGCAUUUUCAACAGGAAUACAAAUUGCACACUGUGAUAGGAAAUGCUUUCUUUUGGAAACAGACAAAAUGAUUUCGUCCAGCUCAGACGAAAAGUGCAUGUCUUCUUUUAAAUAUUCAUUUGUGAGACAUGUUUUGAAACCAUUUAGAAAUCGAGCUAACAAUAUGACUCUGCUUUUAAAGCGGCCACCUUUGAAAGCAGUGUGAAAAGCUUAAACCCUCUCAUUGAGGGCUGAGUCAGUCCAAUUGUCAAAUGGGUUUAAAAUGCUACUUUUAAACACCAUCUCCUGUUAGAGUGCUCCUAUUGUUACUUUUGUUUUUUGACAGGGAAAGAAGCAAAAUAAGCUGAGUUUAGACAGGUAUCCAGUACUGUGUUUUACAGAUCAACAAAUAGUUCUGAAAAAGCAUCAGGGACUUGAGCUGUGGUGUAGGUAAAUUUAGAGUUUGUAAAAGCAGUGAUAUGUUUGGUGGCAGAAACCAAAUAGAUUUCAGGUAAACAACUUGAGAGUUACCAGAUUGCUAGUACUGGGUUGUACCCCCUUUUUGCUAAAAGACAUGUUUUAAUUCUUUGUGGCAUACUUUAAUUUUAUGUGUCGGAAACAUUACUCUGAGAUUUUUGUCUAUAUUAACAUGCUGUAGAUUUGUCGGCUGCAUGUCCAUGAUGUGAAUUUCCACUUCUACUAUCUGAUCUUCUGUUGCUUUAACCACCUGCUUCAAGGUUGAAUGUUUUGUGCAUUCAGAGAUGACAUUCUGCAUACCUUGGUUGUGAUGAGCAGUUAUUUGACCCACUGUUGCCUUUUGCCCAUCUCCAACCUGUCUGCCUAUUCUCCGCUGAUCUCUAACAUCAAUAAGGCAUUUUUGUCCACAUAACUGCUGCACACUGGAUAUUUUCUCUAUUUUCAGACCAUUCUUUGUGUACCUCAGAGAUAGUGGUGAAUGAAAAUCUUUUCUAAAAAAAUCAGACCAACAACCAUGCCACGUUGAAAGUCACUUAAAUCCCUUUUCUUCCCUAUUGUGAUCCUCAAGCUUGAACCUCAGCAAGUGCCUUAACAUUGAAUUGCCGCCAUGUGAUUGGCUAAUUAGCUAUUAGUGUUAACAAGCAAUUGAACAGGUGAACCUAAUAAUGUGGCUGGUGAGUACAUAUCCUAAUGAGGGACAUUCUGGCUCCUUUUAGUGAUCCAGAUCAUUUGACUCAUUAAGAGCUGGCUCUUUGUGUUCCCAAAUGACUCAUAGUACUGCUCACAUUCAGCAGUUGACUUUUUGAGCCAAAUCGUCCACAAUCAAUACGCUGUUGGGAUUGAACAUGUAAAGACAUUAUCACAGCAGAUAAGAAAGACAAGGAUGACAAAGUCCUGCAGAGGCAGAUGCUUUUGGAUUCUCAUUAUACUGAAUGUGUCACAAGGGAAGAUAAAGGAAUUAACUGUGUGUGGAUUUUAGAUUUUAGAUCUGAGUCCAUAAAGGCUGAAAUUCAUGGUUAGGCUUACGGGGUGUGUUCACUUUUUUCUCCUUUGGUGCUGCAGAGAAAACAGAAGAUCAACGUUUUUCGAGCUGCAAAACUUAAUUGGCUAAAAUUUAACUGUCACACAACCACACUAAGUGUAGCAGGCAAAAGCAGCCAACACUUAAACUACUUGUAGUCAUGCCUUUUCUUUAAAAUGGGGGAGUAUAGGGUUUUAAAAGAAUAAACUUUCACACCUUACAGUAUGAGCAUUUUGUUUUUAAUACAAACUGGAAUUACAAGACUGCAUUUGAGAGCUGUUGUGUCGUUAAGUGUUGUCCAAGUUUUUUUUCUACAACAGCUGGUUCAUUUUUUACCUAAUGUGUUAACUUUUAAAACCAGUUUUUAAACAUUAACCCUGAGUCUGACUCACAUUACUAACAGCACAUUGUUUCUGACUGUGCUGUAGUAGGGUUUUUUCAGCCCUGCGUCUUUAACAAGAGUCUGGACCUUCACCUCAGGCAAGGAUGACACUCAUGACUGGCCAAGACUUUGUUCCUCUGAACAACUUUUUUUUUGUGUGUAUAUAUGCCAUUAACCACCUCAGCUGAAACUGUGUGAUGUGAGAGGGUGAAGCACUGUUGUGUUUUUGAAGGAUAAAGAGCAAACGAUGUCAGCAUGGCUUUCUCCUUUUGGCAGGUGUUGAAUGUACUGUGAGUAUUGAAGAACAUUUGAUUGGAAAAUGCUGGUUAUAAAGCCAAAAUAUCGUUCUUUGGAGCACUUUUUGGGCUUAAAAAGAUUCAAUUUAACAGCUGCACAUCUGGCUUGUUCAGAUAUCAUUUGAAAUACCGUAAUGAUUAAAGGUCUGUGGUUGAGUUUUUCCCUCAUACUCACUCAUAUCUGUAAAACUUAAGUUAUUGGUUAUAAAAUCCAGAUAAUAUUUCAGUCCUUAUUUGUUUUAAUCUGAUUUGAUGUCAUACUCUCAUUGGUAAAUCUUUCCCUGUGAGGUUGUGUCUGUAGCUAUGAUUGUUGACUUUUAAGUACUAUUAUUCUUCUCUCUGUCCCACCUUAAUGUAUUCAGUGCUCAGGAUGUGAAGUGUGUGUGUUUGUGUGUGCAUGUGUGAGUGUCUGGGAGUAGUAGAAGCUUGCAGAGACACAGAGGUAUCUGCUGUUCUGCUGCUUGAUAAGAGCAGGGCUAUUUUGAGGAAGUGGUGCAGUGUCUUUCAGACAUGCUUCACUGCUUCUACUUCAUCCUGCCAUUUAUACAUUUCAAAAUCGCAACACCACCUUACGACGUCGCUGUAAAGUCUUUAAAAAAGUGUAUGCGCACUUCUUUACAUGCUUCUCUAAAUCAGCAGUAUGGUAAUGAUGAUUAGAAUGAAUUCAUCUCUUUCAGGAGACCAUGUGGCUUUACAAUAAUUGAAAAUAUGCAAAUAUGAAUAAGAUUUGGUCUUAUAUGGGUGGAUUAAAUCCUGAGUUGACCCUUAAAUUGGUUGGCUUUCUUUCCUAAAAUAUGCACCUUACAGUACAAUAUGCGUACACACACAUCUUUAACGGUAUAUAGUUUGUUUGUCUUGCUGACCCUUUUACAGCCCAUAUUGCAUCAAUUGUGAAUGUGUUGUGAAUUAUUCAGUCAGGACAUGCCAUGUCAUUUUUCUGUCCUUGUGAUUUUGAUGCAACAUGCUCAAAUUGACAGAGAUACAAGAGGAAACACUCGCAGAAACCUGAACAAACGCAUCUGCUUUUCCAAAGCAUAUGCCCUCCUCUGAGAGAACAGCUUGCAGACAUGCUCCACCUGCUGCAGAGGAGACAUGAGCAACAAUAUAAGGCAGUGAAACUCAAGUGAUAUUGCAUGGAUAAAAAUUUUCUUUUUUUUUUUUACUCUAAACUGGCUGAUUUUUAGAGUUUGCAUCAGUUUCUGAAUGUAAUAAUCACAGGCAGUGAUGAUGCUAUCAAAUGUUGAUUUACAGCCAAAGUACUGCUAUGUUGUAAGGUAAUCUGAGCGCUGAGCAUGUGAGCAACACAGCCCUCAUACAGUGUCAGUUUCAUCUGUUUCCAUAACAAUCACUCAAAUGUGGGCGUGGGAGUGGAGCUGCACUCAGAGUCUGACCCUGAUGCAGCUUCAUUUUCAUUCAUAUACAGUGUAAAUACUGUUUUUAAAGAGACUGCAAAAUAAACUACACAAUUUGAUAAAACUGGGAGGGAUAUCACCAUGAACUCACAUUGUUUUGUUUUGGGGUUUUUUUCUGUGUUUUUCCUGAAAUAUAAUGAGCUCAAAACUUUGGGGUUUAUCAAGAAGCAGGAAUUUUAGUUAUAGGAGUAACCACUGAGUUAACUUUGUUAUUUCUGUGAUGUGAAGCUGAUUAACCUUCUUACCUGGGUACUAGAUCACCAUAGUAACUCAUGCUGGACUUCUAUAUCUCUAUAUUUGCUCUGAGGCAAGCUCUGUUGUGGAUAAAUCUCUAAAAACCCCACCCACUCCCUAAUCAAUUAGCAUGAUCAUAGGUUCUGAGCUGAUCAAUGGAAGAGAGAUACUGUAGAUAUUUUAGCCAGGUCUAUUGUGCAGUAAUGAUGAAAAGGGUUAUAGCUAUUAAGCCUUACAUUGCACAUUCACUGUUGUUCUUCCAUCAUUUUAUAUUCUUUAGUUUAAAAGCUAACUUUGCAGUCUGGAUGACAUGCUUAACUUUUUUUUAAUGCAAAAGAUUUUAAAAGAUUUCCUAGUUUGGAAAUCAUACAUGAAAUACAUCUGAAGAAUAUAACAUAACAAAUAAGAUAUUCCUUUAUAAGUCCCACAGGAGGAAAUUCCAAAUUACAGCAGCGUAAAUACAAGUACGAACCAGAAAUUAAAGGAUGAGAAUAAGAAAACUUGGAGUUAAAACUCAGAGUUAGAGUUAAGAGUUAUACAAAAUAUAUCCCAACCUUGAAAACUCAGCUUUCAAUACAUCCCACCAUCCCCUCCAGCCUGUUUUUAGAGUGCUGCAAUUGUUUGAACCAAAAAAGUGCUCUCUGAACUAAGAGCAAGAAUUAAUGAAGACCUUUCCCAACAGGCUGGCUUUAUCCUUAAAUGUCAAACUGUUGCUGGAAUGACAGCCGAAUCUUAAAAUAGAGGACUCCUAAAGUUCGAAAAUAAAGACAGCCAAGCCUUUGUGUUUUUUUUUUCUUUUUUUUAUCCGUCUUAAACUAUUCACUUAUGUAACAUAAACUGUACUGCACUGAUGAUUACAAUGAAAGUUAGAAAUGAUAACUCAUAAUCAAGUUUAGAUUUGUUCCUUUUUGUUUAAGUAGUAUUGAAAAGAGGAGCCUUUUUUCAUUUUAAGUGGGUACAAAAAUACUUUUGAUUUUAUCUGUAUUCAUUCAUGAUUUCCUCUCUGAACACUGUGACCCUCUCACUUUUUGUUUUACAAAGUGCAUAUCAUAUAGCUCCCUCUAGUGUUACUACUGGAUAGGUGCAAGAGCAGGACAGGUCCAUCUUUAUCCAAGUUACCAUGCAGAUGCCAACUACAGUUGAUUUCACAGUUGCUGAAUAUAUUUGACACUAAAUUCUCAAAGUGUUGGAAAGCAGAGGGGAUUUUUGAACGGCACCUUGAAAUUGUCGUCCAACAGAGAGUUUCUGCGACGCAAAACCACAAACAUUUAUCAUCUGCUGAGUUUAUAUGAAAGAGUGUUUUUAUGCUGUGCUCUGAUUUUCUCCAAGUGCUAAACUGAAUGUUUUCAGGGGACUGUGAUCUCGAGCAAUAGCAUGGUACCCUUGUGACUUAACAAGAUCAUUUGCAUAAAUGAUUUUAUCUGAUAACUUAUAUUCAAGUGUACUCGAAUCAAAAGCGAUGAUAAACAAUCUCACAUCUUGUCAUGCAUGUGUCCUGCAGCAGCCAACAGAGCAGCCAGCAGAGCAGCCAGCAGAGCAGCCAUGAGGACGACAGCUCUCGCUUCUUGACUCCAUUGAUCAGAGAGGAGAGGUGAGUCAAAAAUGUGUUUAUUGAUGUUCGUAUAUUUCCCCUCCAUUGAAGUGAUUUGUGGCAAAUGCAAUGCAGUUUUUUCUUAUCUACCAGGCUGCGUGUCGAUCAAUGCUGCUGGGUGGUACAAUCAAAGGAUAAAUAAAGUAUAUUCCUUUAUUUAGGCCACAUAUGUAUGUUUCUUCCAUGAAUUCUCCACUAGGAGGCGCUUCUUCUUCAAAAUGGUGCAAAACUGCAUCACUGCAUGAUUGUUCCCGGUUGGUUUGCAAUCAGUGUAGGUGAUGCUACAAAACUGUGGCAUGAUUUUAAUCGGUGAAAUUUAAGUGACUUAAAAACCACAAAAAGGUUUAAAAUGAUGCUUCAAUUAUGAAGAGAGCCAUGUCUUUAUUAUGAAUAAUCCCUUGAGGAUCUCCAAAUUCAGCUCCCGGGGACUAAUGGCCAUGUGUGAGAGCAGUGCACUUGCAGGAAUGUCAAACUCUUGUCAUUUUUUCGCCGUGUCAUUAACUCUCCACAGUCCUGUAUAUAUGCCACAGUUGUCACUGGAGCUCCAGUUGCAGGUUUGGACAGUAACUUAAUUAUUGGACCUGGAGUGUAGGUGUGUGAGUGUUACCGUUUUGAGCUGGAGUGUGGUCCUGGUAGUUGGAAAUACAUUAUUCAGUGUCACCUUUUAAAAUAACUCAGCCUUGUAGAAACUCUGUAAAAGAUUUUGUGCCUAUCAGGAGAAAAGGAGGGAGAGUGAAUAAGUAAAGUUGAACUAACUGCAUUUUAAAUCAUGAUAUGGAUUUAUUUUUGGUCCUGGAAUACAGCCAGGAAGAACCCUAAUUAUGAAAAGUGCAGCACAGUGAUAAUAUCAAAGUAAUGUUAUGGGGGAAUAUUUUUUUAUUUUUAUUUAUCAGCAUUAUAAAUCUUGAGGUAAUAACGUAAUGCAUCCUACAUAAUAUUUGUACGUUAUCUUUUAACACUACUACAGGGUGGCUUAAAGUCUCCUCAUUAAACAGCAGCCAUGUCUCAAGACACACACGAAUAGAAAAUACAGCAAUUUUUCUCUUUUUUUCCCUGUAUGUGAUGAUGCACAAUCAGCUAUUUUAACAUCUGCACCACAGAACUCGAUAUACCCCAAAAUAGAGGCGAGUCAGUGAUUGGUCCUGUGCCAGCACGAGUGUACCGGCUGCAGAAAGAGAGAGAAGUUUAUCCUUAAUACUACAGGGAUCUUGUAAUUACAGAGUGAUAUUGAUUAAGAAAAAUUGUGCAGCAAUACUCUCCGUCUAGCCUUACAACCACCCACUGAGCUGUCUUCGCCUUUAGCUCCGUCUGCCAUCCACUACACCUCUGAUCCCUCUCUCUCAGUCCUGCACUCUUCCCUAUGUUUCUCUCUCCGGCUCUCCCUCCCGCGCACUCAUCUCUCUCGCUGUCUCCACUUGCUCAAAUUAGGAGCAGUACCUGUCAAACCUAUGGGAUUUCUCGCUGCGCUACACUUUUCUGUGCUGGUGAUAGCUAGUGAGGGGCGUCUGCAGCAGCUGCAGGGAGAGCAGCGUUCUGUAGCCGGAAUUAGAGGGCACGGAAUGUCAUGUCUCCUCUGCAGGUAAAAAAACAGCUGCAUUUCUGCCUGCAGGCUGCACCACUGCCGCUCUACCUGUCUCUUCCGUCUUUGCUUUUUUUUAAAUCACAGCUGUCUGUUUGUCUUGUGUGCUGCAGUUUUGUUCAGCGUGCUAUGUGCAGCUGCAUUUUCUGGUGGAGUUACAGCUGGCUGUCGGCUCAUAUGUACCACUCGCUGUGAUUAUAGCUGUCUCUGCCAGAUUAUCAGGGCAUCAGUAGGGGGGGUUCAGCAAAUGACAGGGUUGAAAUCUGGAUGGUGACACGGGGACAACUUUUGCUCAUUUGUUGUCGUUUUUUUUUUCAUGUGUUUGUAUCUAAAGCUUUUGCCAAGUUCGGCUCCUCCGCUGUAACUGCAGAUAGAGUUAUGUAAUAACACAGUGUGACUUUGCUCAGACAGUGUUGUAUGACUCAUCAGUGAGGAUGACGCAGCAGAUGAGAGUGAUUUGUGGAUCGGGAUUACACACAGUGAGACAUGUCGGCAUAAGGUCACCAUAUAGUGAAGAUUACAUCAUUACGUAACCAAAGUGAGGUUCCUAAAUUUAAUGAAAGGCGGGCUAUCUAAGGCAUGUGACACUUUUACUUUAAUGGGACCUAUUUUAGGGACAGGGUAAGAGUAGUUUACUCAUCAAAACUAGAACAUGCUGUGAUUUACAUAAGACAAUCUUUUUAAGAAAGGAUAAAAAAGAAUAAGCAAAAGAGAAACAAUGUUUUUUUGUCUUUUUUAGUUAAUGGAGAUGAGAAUAAACCGAAAUACAAGAAAAAAGUAAAAAGCCAGUAAGCAAGAUUAAAGAAAAAAGGGAACACAGUUUUAAUGCAAGAUAAAGUAAAGGCCAAAUGUCCAUUUGAAUCCAUUUUUAAACUGUGUCUUUGUUUUUGUGUUUGUUCAGUGUGUGGUGCAUUAGUGCUGAUGGCUGCUUUAGUUUUAACUCUAAGGAAAUCAAACUUGGCCUGCUGUGAGCAAUUUUAAGGUCCUUAGAUGAUUAUUUUUGAUGACUGACCCUAACAGAGUUAUUAAAAUCUGCUCUUUAUGAUACUAUCAAAGGUUUUCCAUGCAGUGUAGUUUGCAUUUUUUAACACCUCACAGGGUUUUAUAAGCAAAGAAAAUCUGAAUGCAGAAUUGCAGGUUUUGUUUUCCACUUUAGAGAUACAUGUGUAUUUACUUAUAUUUAAGGCCGCAAAAACGUGAUAUUUUGCGAUUUCUUUUCCCUUAUUGCAAUAAAUAUAUGAAAAUUGAAUACCAGAUUGAUGUGCUAUAUUUAUAAUUGUAUAGAAGUAAAGAAAACCAAUAACACAAUUACUCUAUUUGUAAUUUGGAUCUUUUAGUUCAAAUCAAACCCCUCUCCUCCUACUCCUAUCCCAGUGUCCUGCUCUCUGACAGCAGCUCUGACACCCACAUAAUCAACCAGGGAGACAGGUGGAGUGACUUGUUAUUACUUUAACUCACUAAUUAAUGCAAUCAACUCAUUCACAAGUAAUCAAUACACAGGCCUUUAUACGAACACAAUGGCAUUUACAACUCACAUACGGCUGACACGUUGACGCUCAUUGUUGGCUGUCAUCUGGAUCGCAGAAGUGUCACACCACCUUAUUGGCCAUACAUAUCAGCAGUAAUUUUCAUAUCUACACAUAACAACAAUGAUCUUAAAAGCUUUUAUCUGCUGACACCAGUGUUAAUCUGUGACCUUUAUGCACUGCUGACAUUUAGUGGUGUUUUCUGAACAAGCAUGAGAAUAUUAUGAAGACCGAAACUGUAUCAGCGGUUGUGGUUCACUUCUGUUCAACAAUUUAGUUUGACGCAAAAAGAGAUUAUGUACAGAGAGGGUUUACCCAUUUUGACGAAAAUGGCUAUAUCAAUAUUAUAGCUGUCAUUUUCAGUAGUAACAUUUGAAACCAGAGAUGCACAGAUCCAUUUUAUUUUGGAUCCAGUCUGAUACUGAUACCCGGGCUGAGCGUAUCGGCCGAUAUCCGAUUCUGAUCCAAUACUACUGUUGAAUGAAUGAAUUGUAUACCUUGCCCUGUGAUAUAAAUUUUCAUAAUAUUAUUUAUUAGAUAACAAAUUGCACAUUAGCACACAUCAAAAAGUAGUAAGACUUCCAUGUAUUAAAAGAAAAAUUAAUUUAAAAAAAAAUAAGACUGGAUUGAAACGCUGGAUCGGUGUCAUUUAUCCAAAAUUGAUCCACUUAAUUUGUCAAUAUCAAAUCCAAAUAUCGGAUUGGUGCCAUCGUUUUUGAAAACACACAAUUAUUUUUAGUUGUAUAUUAAGCUCCUGUGACAAGUUCUAUCUGGUCAUAAACAGAGUGAAAUGAACCGUGAUGCCUUUGUAUGACCUAUAGAAGACAACACGACUAAAACUGCCUGCCACUGAAGAGAAAGCAUGAACAAGAGCAGGACUGUGGGUUUGAUGUCCAUGACUGAGCUCUCUCUCCCUUUUCUGUCCCGUGCAGGUCUGACAGUGCAGCGGACAAAAUCAGGUAGGCCUGCUUUUUGACUUCUUUUGUGUUGUGGGAGCGUGAGCAGGCAUCAUCCUGCGGUGGGCUUAAAGGGCGAAGAUACAGUGGGACUGGCCUCACAGUCACCCCAUUUGCCCCAGCCCGCCCACCCCACAUGUGACACAGUUUCAGAGCUUUGUCUGCCAAGCAAGGUGUUUGAAUGAGCUUUGCAUUCGGAGGGGCCAGCAGUGAAUACAGUUGCAAGCCAUGGAAUGCCAUUGUUUGCUUUUAUUGGACAAACAACAUCAGACACAAACAGGGCUUUGUGGGACUAUUGUGGAGCUUGUAGCUGUUUAGCUAGCCGGCCGUUGGCAAUUCUCUGCAGCGCCUCUGACACACUGCAGGUGCAGAUACUUGAUUCCUGUGUGAAGGUUUCACUUUUGCAGGAGACACUGUUAUUUCUAAAGCAAAGGGGUCUGAAGUGCACGCUGAAAAGGUAAGUCAUGGAAGAUGAUCUCAUGAGACAUGUUGAGACAGGGAAACUUCAGGUUAAGCUUGGCUACCAUGCUAAAGUAAUUGGAGCAUAACUUCGCUGUGCAUAUGCAGCAGGUAGUAGGAUACCAGAGGGGUUACAACAAAAAAGGGUAAAACAUUUUACCUUUUUUUCCCCAUGAAUAAGUGUUUUUAUUGUUAUUUUUUAAAUGAAGGUCGGGUUUCGAAACGAUAUCUGCAUCUUUGUAGUUGCGUGUCUUACUGCUUGUGUGCAUAAGUUAUAAUGGAGAAUUUCCUCAAAUGCUGUCUGUUGGAUACCCUUUUUAUUUUUAGUUGGGUUGUUGUUGUGAAAGCGAUCUCCACAGCUUGUUAUGAGUCUGUAACCAUGAAAGCCCUCUGCUUUUUGGCAGGUGCGUGAGUGGUGUUUGCCUGGAGCACUUUCGGAGCUGAGUAGACACUGUUAUUUUUGUGUAUUUGUGCGUGCGCGUGCGCUCUGGUAUGUGUGUCUUUGGAUUGGUAUGCUUUGAAUGGUCAGUCAUGCGAGUUGGGUGAAAACCAGGCCAGCAGUUUGGACCACUAGGCGUCUCUCCACUCAGACACAUGACCACGAGCUGGGUUGUUUGACACAGUUUGUCGUCUGUUUUCACCCCUUGAUCUAAGGACAUCUUUUUUUUUUUUUUUCUUCUGAGAAAUAGCCUUCAAUAACUGAAAAGUUUGUAAAGCUGAUUACUAUUGCCAGUCUGCUGCCUGAAGGUUAAAUGUUGUUCCUUGGCAGCAGUGAAUGCUGAAAGAUUUAUUCUGUUAUUAUGUUUGCAAAGCCAGAGGCUUAGACUUCUAAUGGAAAUUUUGGAAAUCUCAGUUCUUAAAUUACAAGUAUGAUUGUGUCACAUUUAAGUAGCGCCCUUUGACUGAGUGAGCACAGUGGACCCAGUAAAAGACAGACCAGAAAACUGUCUGCGAUUGGACAUUACAUUUUAACAAAGAAGCAUCUCAGUAAAACUGGAGUGGAGGUGUUGAAUGUAAUCCAUCUCAGAGGUGUAGCCACAAAACUAUGUGAUAUAUCUCUUUGCACAAGAAAAUAACACCUGCAUGUCAAGUAAAAUGUAUUUGUUUGACUGUCAUGACUUUUUUUUUUUUUGUUGAAGUGCAAACUGUCUCUCUCUUUAUUCACAGAGACAGGUAUGUGACUGUAAACAUGUUGAUGUGACUUGACUCGUUCUGAAGCAAACAGCGGUUCUGUUUGACAUAUGUGUAAACAGGUGUGAAAGUGGAGGACCCCCGGGGUAUAUAUGCUAAAAAAUGACUGUGAAAACGCUCACAGAGUUUCAGUGAUGUUACCCGUUUCUCUCCUAAGCAGUGUUACAGUAUAUAGCCACAUAUUGGCAGUCUCUAUGGGUGGUCAAGCUAACUUGAAUCGAUGAAGAAACAAGGAGGUAAAGCAGAAGCGCAUCUAUGUGGAGCUGCACACAGCAAGAGCAUGAAAUUGACAUGCAUCCAUUUAUUAGGGAUGGGAAUCACUAGUGGCCCCACGAUAUGAUAUUAUCGCAAUACUUGGGCCAUGAUAUAAUAUAAUUGUGAUUUUUAACUUUUUGCAAUACAGUGAGUACUGUGAUACAAUGCAUUGCAAUUUAUACAAUUUAAAAAAACUUUUUUAGCUAAUUUGUCUUUCCUUUAUGUUUGUUUUAUUUACGCUGUAUUUUGUUAUUUUCAUGUAAGCACAUCUUGCAAACCAUUCCAUUAUCAUAGAUUUGACAUUAUAUAAGGAAUUAGUUUGAAAAAUCGAUACUUGGUAAAUGAGACGAUGCGAUGUAUCACUAGACAAAAUAUAGCGAUACUAUGCUGUAAGGAUUUUUUUCUCCCACCUCGACCAAUUAUGCAAAUCUAGAUUUUGGCCUCAGUUUUUUGUUGAGUUAACCUAACAAGUGAAGAAAAAAGGCAUACAGACACAAACCAUUUUUAUAUAAACCUGUUUCUUUAGUUCAGCUGUAAAAAAAAAAAAAUUGGCAGUUUUGAGGCUGUUCUGGCCUUUGUGGACAGACAGAGGAUGGUGGUUAGGGCAGGAUAUAGUGGGGAGGGAGAACCCAGGAAAAGGGGGCUGGAAUUGAAUCCUUUCCACCUGUGUUCCGCCUGCCUAGACUGCUAGGCUGUCGGCGCCCCGUCUCUGACUUUCCAAUAAAGGAAAUGUUGUCUGUUCUGCACUUGAACUUUGAAGUUUGGGUAAAUAUUCAACAGCAGGAAGGUAUUAUAUGUACUGUUCCUUUAGAUUAGUAAUCUUUUUCUGCAAAAUUGCACAAAAUAAAUACUUGAAGUUAGGGCUGGGUGAUGUGGCCUCAAAUCAAUAUUACGAUAAAUUUAGCCGAUCACCUCGAUAACAAUAAUUGGAUGAUAACUUCUCCACAAGCUGCUCACCCCCUCCCACAUUAACUUCGUCUCCUUCAGCUGCAACUAUUGACCCGUCCUCCAGCUCCUCAAUCAUCUUUCCCUCUUUGUUACGGACUGGAUGGGGUGGAGUCACGUCUCUGAUGUUGGACCGCAUCUUAAAGGGACACGAGACCAUAACCUACCUACACACCUACACACAUCCAAAACCAACUUUCAUUUAUUUAUUAAAUUGUUUGACACCGAAUAUACUGAUAUGGACAAAAUGACAUUGGUUAUCGUCAUAAAUUUUGGUAUCGGUAAAUUUUUGGUUUAUCGUCCAGCCCUACCUGAAGUACUGUAGUUUAUAAAUCUUGUAAGUUAUUUAAAGUGAUUCCUAAAGAAAACUUGCAGAGCUAAUAUUUUCAUAUGUUUUGUUUUAAAAAAAUAAUAAUUUUGACCACCAUUCUGUACAAAAAAGAGUUGUCAAAUUCAAACUAAAGAAACUCUAGCAUACCUUUUGCAUUAUUUAACAAUCACACCUCAGUGACAGCUUGUGGUGGAAUUAACACCUCCAUUCAUCGUGAUGUAGCAGGAUCAACAGGGUGUAAACAAAUAGAAAAGUCUAGGCAGAGAGAGUCAGUGAAAAUGAUAAAUCAGUGGCUAAGCUGCAAAUACUCAGACACUAAGUAAGCACUUUUUUAGUGAUUUAAGCAUGAUCAAUUAGGUAAUGAAUCUCCGAGGAUAAUGAAAAGCUUCUUUCUUAUGCCAGUGGCCUCGGAUAAAGUGGGAAAGAGCAGCACAAGUACAAAACUUCACUGAUGUCAGGCUCAUAUAGACGCACACUAUUGAACUCCCAGUCCAUCUCGUAAAUCUUAUCCAGUAGCUGGGUACACAUCCCUGUGCACUGUCUUGUUUCUGGCUCCCCUGUAAAUCCACUGCAGGUAUUUCCUGAGUGGUCAUGAGUCACAUUAACUCAACUAGAUCGAUAUUUAUUUCUUAUAAAACUAACUGUAAAUAAUGCAUGCAGAAAGCCCUCUUGCUGGAGAGGGUAUGCAGGAUGGAAAUGCAUUUGGAAACAUCUUGGUUUGCAUGUUUAGAAUCGAGGUUUCGAGUCAUUGUGAGUAUUUUUACAGGGCAGAAUGAAGCUCUGAAGUACUCUUUGAAUGACUAAAGGCAUAGCUGCUGGAUUUGAAUAACAUGACAGCAACUAUUUUUGUCCUUUUACCGACUGCUCUUUGAAUCUCCUGCCGCUGAUACCAGCCUCAACAUCACAUUACUCUGUGCCUUUGCAGUCUCUGCUCUCAUGUUCGCUUCGCUCUUCCGCCGUCUCAGUUGCAUCAUUAUCGAUCAUUGGCUGUGGUUUGAGACAUUAGGUUCCAUUGAUGGAGGUCAGCAUAAUCUGAUCUCAUCCUUUACUUUGUGCAGGAGCCUCAGAAAAGCAAGGAUCCAACACAUAUCGGGUAAAUGAUACUCACUAAAGAGACGAGUUUCUAAUUUCUUGGCUGUGGAUGACUUUUGAGAAAGGAGGGGAUAAGUCAGCUAAGAUGGGUGUGAAAAAGAUAAUAUGCAACAAAAACGAAGAUUUAAAUUAAUGAAAAUAUAUUUGCUCUGGGGUCGGUCAAUUUUCUCUUUCUACAUUUUUGUCUUUUCUUUUAAAAUCUUUCAUUAUGCAUCAGUCGUAUCUGAUUCCCAGGCCAAUUCUGCAUAAUGAGUCGUAUUAUUGCAAAUUAGCUGUAUACAGUAUCGUAUCAUGGCAUCAAAAUGAUGAAGAGGAGGAUGAUCACAGCGAUGGAAAAAGGGUUUAGGAUGUAUUUGGGUCAGGGUAGUUACAAGAAAGCUUCAAGAUGUUAUGACUUCAUGACGCGGCUGCUCUCACUCCAUCAAAUUCUUGUGUGUAUUUGUGGGCGUGCAGCUACAUCAUCGCUGAAUUUUGCUCCACACUCAGGCGCCGCAGUGCUUUCAGCAAAGGACCACGGGUGUAUGCCUGCAGCCUGUAGUGCAGACAGGAAGACAGAGGAGGAGGAGCAGCAGCGACAGAGAAAGUGGAGGAGAGCAGAGCAGAGCAGAGCGGUGGAGGGAGGCUGAUAAAGCAAGAGGAAAGGAGGUGAAGGACCACCCCUAUCAAGCAUAGCCGUUCCCAGGAAGCCUACCAAAGGGACCUUCCCACACACACACCAUGGCCGGCCAGCCAAUCAGAGCGCUCGCAUCCUUGACCCAUCCUCCCUCGUACAACUGCUCAUCCAUGGCUCAGUGAAGCAGAUGUGAGGGGAUGCCGUGAAAGCGAGGAUGAGAACCACCUGGACAGAAAAACUCAUUAUUUUCUUAAAUAGGGAGGAACGAUGGUGCUUUGGUGAGAGCUGUGAGGGACUGUGAGCUCGGAGGAGAGCUCUGGUGUAGAUUGAUUUGAGUGAGGAAAGGGUUAUAUUUACAGUCUCUGUCUGCAUCCUGCAGGCUCUGUGAAAAGGCAUAUUAGCUUGUAGUCUUUCUCACCUCUCUAUUUGCAACUUUUUUGCAACACUUUUUGAGCCAGUGACAAUAUUUUCCUCUGUGCUGAGUGAGAGAGGAGGACAAGGUUUUUAUUUUAUUUUUUUCAUGAGGCUUGGCGGUGAUGACAAAGCAUGCUGGACAAGUGACAAUCUGACAACGAAACAGCGGGACAGGGAUUGAGGACAGGCCAUGAGAGCCAGGAGAGAGGCCAGGAUGGUGUCUGCCUGUUCACCAUGCACAAACACAAGGUCAGGUGUGAUUUCUUACCUUUCUUCAGCUGUGGCACUUUGUUGUUUUUGCUGUGUGGAGUUCCAUUAACCAGUAUCAGCUUACAUGCAUAAUGCAGUAGGUGCAUGAAGUUAGUGUGUAACUCAACAUGUUGUAGCAUUAGCAUUUUAAACGGUGUUAUCAUGCACAUAAGACAUGAAAUACAAUCCAAGUUAAAAGAAUUAAAUGACAGCAAGUUUUACCAGACUGAAAUAUCUUAGCAGCAUUUGUCUUGUAUGUGCAAUUUGCACUUUUGCAUCAAACCUCAUCUCAGUUAUUUUUCCCCCUUUCACUACUAUACAUCCUCCUUUCUUACACCACCCAUCGUCUCCCCUGGCUGUCUGAUAAGCAUCCUUUGAUUAUCUACUGAGCUAAGUGCUAAUGUUGUUUCCACUGAAUACACCACAUGACCCAAAUGGGCCUGGUGUUGUUUUGCAGCUGCACCCCUCUCAGCUUGACCUUUGCUGUGAAAUGCACCAGCUUACAGCAGUAAAAAAGAAACCCAGUUACAUCACCUUUUUCUAACCCCACAAUUCUAGAUCGACAGCUUUCUCCGUGUCGAAGUUAUUUACAGUAAAGAUGCAUAAGCAACUCAAUGGUUUGUUUAACAAACAGUAAGUAGAAACAGGUGAUAUUUGAGAUAGUAGUUGGGAUUCCACUAGUGGUCAACCAAUUACAGGUUCCACAUUUGUUCUUGGUGGAGUAGCAGGUUGUAAGUCUUCUUCAGAGCGUCCUCCAUGUAGCGGGUCACCCAUGCUGGGCAAAUAAAUCAAAAAGAUGGAUAUACACAUGCAUGUGUCUUGACAUGAAAAAUGCUGGGGAUGGUGACAGAAUUCAUCGAGUGUCACUCUUUCUCAAAUAUACCCCCACACAUGCAUGCACACACGUUCACACACGCAUUUGAGUUCAAACGAUUUUCCAGUUGGCUUCCAGGCCUCCUAAAUCUCUACUGUGAUCUCUGCUCCCCAGAUCCAUUAAGGGCAAUUUGGUCAGAUUUACUGAACCAGGCGACGGGGACACAAGGCAGUCCCAGCACUGGUUCAGGUUGUCCCUCUGUGAUAUAUAAAACUGGCAGGUGUUACUCACCGUCCUUUUACAUGACUAUCUUAAAAGGGUCCUCAUGAAUCACAGAGUAGUAGUAGUUAGUGUAGUCUAAAAUUAAAAGAGGCUUACUACAUUUUCUUGAUGCUGAAAAUUGCUUUUAUUACUACUUUUUUUUUUUUUCUUUAAAAUACCUCGUGACCUUUCACUAUGUUGAAACAGUUAGGAGUAUUUGCAGUGUGAAGUUAAACAUCCUAGAGCACACAACCCUUUGGCAAUGGACAAAAGUGCAAAAAAGAGGUGAUCAUUUAUGACGUUACAUAAGGUGCAAUAAUGUUGGGAGCACCACAGCGCAAAAUACCAAUGGUUUUUAUUGAGUGCAUACCAUUUGCUCAUGUAGUAUUACUCCCCAGUCUAACACCCAUUGACUGUACAUAAAUGGGAAAAAAAGAUCACUUUACAAUGAUUUUGUCUUGUUUUAUUAUUAUUUUAAAGCUGCAGGACACUAAAUCUUUUUGCCGAUAUUUCAGUAAAGUAAUAUCUUGUACCUCCUGGUUAAUUUUGUGCUGUGCACGGUUUAAAAAAUCCUUUCUUUCUUUGUUUUUCAAGUCAAAUCUGUCCUUCAGUGUAAACACUAAAAAUUUAAAAAAAGGGUUUUCUUCAGCAGGCUUUGAAUAAUUUGUUUGAUCCCGUUCCCCCUCAUAGCAGUUAAGGGCACUAAAACUAACAAUACAGAUGUGUAGGAUAAUCUGAAUCUAUUUAAUAAAGUAUAACUAUGUUUUAAUUAGUUUUGUAAAUUUAAUCGAUUUUAUAAAUAAUUUCUGUGUUCAUUUUAAGAUCUUUAUAGUAUUUGAAAAACAACAUAUCUUCUAGCUGAACAGUACAGCAAAUUUAACUUUCUGGAAGUAUUUACUGUGCGUGUUUAGACACCUGAGAGCACACAGUCCUAUGGCACGCAAAACUGUAAAGUCGACAUGAUUAUUAUACACAGAUAUAAUAUAAUAUAAAAUAAUAUAAAAUAAUAUAAUAUAAUAUGAUAUAAUAUAAUAUAAUAUAAUGUAAUAUGAUGUAAUAUAAUAUAAUAUAAUAUGAUAUAAUAUAAUGUAAUAUGAUGUAAUAUAAUAUAAUAUAAUAUAAUAUGAUAUAAUAUAAUAUAAUAUACAACAGAUGUAUUACAAACAUUUGGCUAAAAUACCAACUUGUUUUAUCUUGAGUAACACUGAGACUACUCUGCUUUUUAUGUUGUGAAAUAGAAAUUAAAAUUAUAGUCUUUUCAGAGAGAAAGAGAGAAAAAUUACUGCCCUCGAUUGCUGUUGUUAUUUAUGAGCUUCUGUAUCUGCAAAACUGUAGAGUUGAGAGUUAAGGCAUUUGCCCAGAUUUUCCUCUUACCGUGUUUUUCACGUCAAGAUUUCCUGGAAGUUUCAUUUUUAAAUGGGUGUGUUUGUGCAAGUUUCAUGCCAACUUUUUAAUGCAAUGAAAGAAACACUAAAAAUAAGAUCUAGGAGUAAAAAAGAUUUUUGAAGGUUUUUACCAUUCAGGAUGUGAGUCAUCGUCAAAUCAGGGUCUGUAUUUUGGGCCAGCUGUGGACAUCAGUCGCUGUAGGUGAUUCAUUAAGUCCCCCUGUCUGUUAAAAAUCUGUCUGUCACUGGCACACCCACUUACUGCCUAUGUGAAAGGUCUUCUUUUCAUGCUGGGUGGACAUCUGCUUCACUGUGGAGUUACACAAGGAGAAAUGCCAUCCACAUAUGUCUUUUCAUGGUAUGAACUGAACUAAAUUUAGACCUAUCUUUGUCUUCAAGUGAUCCUUUUCCAGAACUCCUGUGUCAGUAUCCCUCCACAGUUGCAGCUGAUAUUGAUACCAGCGCAUUUGUGGGUUGUCCAAAGCCCUCUCAGUUUACUGUCGUUUUGGUGGAGUACUGGUUGCAAUGAGGUGAUGAAGCUUGAGCUCAUUUAACAAAGUAGUAUGCUAUAUUUAUAGCCUUUACAGAAUACAAGACCAGAUAAGGGCAUAGCAGGUAUGAAGCCAGCUAGAAAUGAUAUAUAUCCUAGCUUUAUAGCCACUGCAGUAUGCAUCUGAAGAAGCCAUGUUGUGUACAUUCAGCAGCCCUCCACUGCUGACUAAUCACAGAGCCUCUGGUGUCUCGCAAAGUAAUUCACAUAUGUUCAUCAGCUAAUCAAUCCUGCUGAUACUCUAAAUGUCUCUAUCUCUGCCCCAGCAGGGCAGUGUUUAAUGCAGUUUUUUUUUCUGCAGAUAUGCACUCUUGGCCAGAUGUACAUCCACAGGGGUGGAACUUAAAUACAUUUUAGAUUCGGAUCCAUCUGUCAGGUUAAAAUGAAUAAUAAAGUUGAAUUAACUCCAUGGACCUGAAUAGCCAAAUUCACUUUUCUUUACCGCAUUGCAUUUCUUAACCAUAGCUUGUCUUUAAUUCUUUAAGGUUUCAUACUGCAGGUUGUGUAAUCCGUCCUCUCUGGAUUCCCUUCCUCCAUAGCAGAGAUGAUUGAUUCCCCCUGUAGCUGCUCCUUAGGGGCCAUGGAUUAUUUUUACUGAGGGUGUCUUCUGAUACUCCGGAUCCAACAUUUGCAAGAAAAUGAAGCACCCUGGGUCAUUUUAAAGAUCCGCUUUAACCAGAGUGAACAUUGCAGUGGCAACACAGCAAAUGUUGAUGCUUGUGUGCUAUGUCUUAACGGGAAAUUCCUCAGACAAUCUGCGCCUCUCAGUGAGAGGAUAUUUAACUUGAUUACCUCUCUGACAAGCAUAAGGUGUUGCACAACUGCAAGAAACGUCUCAAAAGGCGCAGGGAAGCUCAGUCAGGGGUGAAGGAGUGGGAGGAGAUUGCUGUGACUGGAGAGGCAAAUGUAUUAUCAGGUGCCACAGCGAAAAAUGAAUUGAUUGAAUAGAUGGAGGAGUGGUAGAGGGCCUGUGAUCACAGUGAUUCAUGGAACAUGUGGGCGCUCUGUAUUGAGUCACAGGCAGCAGCAGCAGCAACUGGAGUGAAAGCACUGCACUCUGCAAGCCCAAUUACCCUCCUCUAUGUUGUAAACAGUCACACACCAACAGAACUUUAAUUUUGUGGGAAACGUUGUUGGUUUCAAAUAUUUGUUUGCAAGUCCCUUCUUUUGACUGAGGCGACAGCAAAUGUCAGCUAGUUAUAAUACAAAUGGACUUUGAAUUGAAUGCCAACCAAAAACAAAAAAACAGGCCUACAUGACUCAAUGUGUCAUUGUUGAUGUUCUUUUUAAUACCAGUGACAUUGUGUUUUCUUCACCUGAAGACCCGAGAAGUCCAUUUUAGCAUCUUUCUUUUUUUCGUCAAGGGCUUUAUAGACUGUAGUAAUCAUCAGUGAUUGUGUCUAGUGUUUUAGUAAGCAUUUACCACCAUCAUCAGGGCAAUCACAUCAUAAUAAAGAAACGAAAUAGAUAAUCUACCAAAGUCUCUCAUGUAUUCUUCUCUACCUUCACUGAUAGGCCAAGCAAAAGAAGUGGAAGAAACUGAUAUGGAAACCUCAAAGGUAGGAUAUGACUCAAAAAGCCAAAGACACUCCACACAUGCACAGUGAAUCUAUGUGGCAGAUUUGAUAUGGUUCAUAUCAUCUAAGUGGACCUAAAUAGUGGUUUUCCAGAGGGACUGAUUCCUGUGUGUGUGUUGCUAUACUGUACUGAAGUGCAUCUAGCUCCUCUAAGCUUCUUCUGCUCCUCAGAUUUCACAGCAUGUGAGAUCCAGGAACAAAACUGCUGUAUUGUCAUUUACUGAAACGCUGUCAGCAUUGUUCUCUGAAGGGGCACUAGGGGGUUGAAGUUAAGGAGAGUGGUUUUUUUUUGGUCCAACAUGGCCGAACUGUGGUCUGAAAUACUCUUUAAAGGCUUGAUCUGGUGUCGGAAAGCAAACUGAUGAGAGUUACAGUGUAAGUUAUAUCUAGGGAUGAGGUCACGUCUUAACUGAAGUAAAGACCUGGCACACACUUUGUGGUAGGGGUGGGAGAAAAAAUCGAUACAGCACAGUAUCGCAAUAUUUUGUCUGGUGAUAUAUCAUAUUUUCUCAUUUACCAAGCAUCGAUUUUUAAUUUGUGAUGAAGUCAAAUCUGUGCUAAUGGAAAAACACAAUCAACUGUUUGUCCAGUUAGGUUGUUAGAGGUGACAUCAUAGAGCAGGAGAAAGUUAGUACAACAAAUAUAUAUAUAAGGUUUGCAAGAUGUGCUACAUGAAGAUAAAAUACAGCGUAAAAAACAAACAUUAAAGGAAACCAAAUGCUACAUUUUAUUAAUUGCAAUAUAUUGUAUCACAAUACUCACUGUAUUACAAAAUGUAAAAAAAUCGCAAUAUCGCAUUGUGUGGCCACUAGUGAUUCCCACCCCUACAUUGUGGUCUAAUGAAUCCAACCAUUGACUGUCAUCUUGUUUGUGUUGGUGUAGCUGUGUGCAAUUUCAGUUUAUGCAGUGUUUCAGACAUGAUUCAGACGAAGUGCAAUCAGAUAAAAUAGCCCUGAAGUUGGAGAAUCAUCUUAUCACUCUGGUUUCACCAAGAGUUUUUUUUAACAUCCCAGUUAUUACUAUGUCCUGUUGAGAGCUGCCUACCAGGCCAUGCCUUCCCCUUGUGUCCCCCUGUACACUAAAUGCUAAAUGAAUUACUGAACCCAGCCUGGAUCUAAUUCACUUGUGCGACCUAAAAAUCAGGAAAGAAUCGGCUUGAAAUCCCAGUGAGUGUUAGGGGUGGGAAAAAAAAUCGAUACAGUAUAGUAUCGCAAUAGUUUGUCUGUUGAUAUAUCGUAUCGUCUCAUUUACCAAGUAUGGUUUUUAUUUUCAAAUAGAUUGCUAAUGUGAAGUCAAAUCUGUGAUAAUGGAAAAUAAAAUCAACUGUUUGUCCAGUGAUUUUGGCAGAGAUCACAUCAUAGAGCAGUAAAAGUUGGUACAACAAAUAUAUAAAAGGUUUGCAAGAUGUGCUACAUGAAGAUAAAAUACUGUGUAAAUAAGACAAACAUAACAGAAAGACAAGUGCUUAUUUAGUUUAACAGUUGAAACUUUGUUGAAUUGUAUUUAAAUCGCAAUAUAUUGUAUCACAGUAAUUACUGCAUUGCAACAUGUUAAAAAUUGCAACAAUAUCGUAUUGUGGCCCAAGUAUCGCGAUAAUAUCGUAUUGUGGGGCCACUAGUGAUUCCCACUCCUAGUGUGUGUUUGUGUGUGUUUCUGGCCUAAAGUUUGAGGAUAAUAUGAGCAUUAGGGUCCAGUCUCUGCCAGCUUAACCAAAUAAAUGAAUAAAUAAAUAAUCUAGGAUAAGAGUAUAGAUGUGUUUAUUGUCUGUAAAAACCAUAAAGCAUGCUGGACACAAAUUAAGACUUAGCAUUCGUCCAUGUUAGCAUGUGAUGUGUUUUCUUCUAGAGACCUGACAGUCAUAAACCUCAAGUAAAAUUUACAAUUCUCAUCUUUUAUCGAUCAGAUCCUUGAUUUAAAGUGCUUUUCCAGUGAUGGCUGAUGCUAAGCUGUGUCUAGUUCAGAGGUUUGUGCUCCCUCUUAAAUCUUCUUGUCAGGAAUCAGUCAAAUAAUCAAUCUCUGUGUGUUCAAGUAACCUUCCACUCUGUUUUUGAUAGAUAUAAGGUGCUGAUUCAAUGAAAAAUAAUGGAUUGAAGAGUGUAAAUGUUUCCACAUCUGUGCUGUGAGUGCAAGGCCAUAUCAAAAUCCUGAAGGGUAUCUAUUAAAGGAGUUUUGUAAGAUAAAGCUGAGGGUUGUUUUUAUCUAAGGACAUUAAAAAAAGGAAAAAAGGCAUCUGUGCAGUUUUUAACCUUGUAGAUCUUUUCCUGGGUUUGAGCCUUUCAUCCACAGCGUGGGCUCCCUGUGGAAAAAAGUCUUUGUUGUGAUUCAUGACAUUAAACACUAGGCGUUGCAGAUUUCCUCAGUGCAAAGUUGAGGUGUUGAGGCCUUGUUGGGUGACUGUUGCUUUGUCCCUUGGAGUGACGUGGGUCAUUUGUGAAGCUCAGAAUAGCUCGAGUGCUGUCCUUAAAGGCCUUGUGGGUGGUAAUGGCAUAACAACCUGUAGUAAGUGAUUGCAACGUCAUUAUGUGUGUGUGUGUGUGUUUCUGUGACGCUUGGCAUUGUGUUAUCCCUGUCAACAUGUCUGACUGGAAAGAGCAGGCAAGGCCCACAAGCGGCCCUGAAGCAGCAGGCUGGACCGCUCCCAGCUCUGAUGAUGGCAGGGUUGUCUCUGUGGCAACAGCCCUCAAUGACUAGAUAGAGGGAUUGUCCGGGAGGGGUCAGUCAAUAUCUGUCCAUCCAAUUUCUUAUUUCAUCAACACUUCACUAUCUGUCCUUUCAUGUAAAGAUAGCUCUCCUCAGUCUUUCUACAAGCCGUCUGCCGCUCAUAUACUAAAAAAAAAGCACGACAUAAAAGGAAAAUUGAUGAAUUCAGACAGAAUCAGCCAUGCUGCUGUCGGGUUUCUGUAAUGAAGCUGUUUUAAAUAAAGGUUACACAGAAGUUCCUCUGAGGACAGAGCAUGAGGGCACAGAUGGGGUGUAAGUGUUAACAACAGCGAGCAUGCCCCCAGUGACAGCACAUCCAACCACAUUGGCCUCCCCACAACGGUAUCUCUUACUGACUUGUGAUGAGGUCAUGUGAAGCUGUUUUAUAAUUGUGUGACGACUGAGCUGACACUGUAGUUAUGUAAUCAGAAAAAAAUGAUAAUAGGAGACCAUGAAUUUGGAAAAGUUUGUCGUACUGAUAUGAAACAAGACAAAUAAAUACCUUGUGACCUCUGUUUAUUCCAGUGAAUAUGGUAACAGAUACUCUCCUGAUUGACUGACAUCCCUGUCCUCAGAUGGCGGGUUCAGCAUUGUAGUGAAACAGUAGCAGCUUAAAUCUGUACAUACAUCCCUAGUUGUCGACUGGAUCCGGAGAGAUCAGCUGAACCUGAGCUCCCUGUGUCGUGACAUUAUUUUUCUGAACACAGUAGCUCUGUGUUUGAGGAGCUCAGGGUCAUGGAUGUGAUGACUCAUUGAUGUACUGCACAGCAGCUACGGCACCAGUGAAGGCUGGAGAUACACAAUCUUAUUGUGCUUUAUGUAACGUAGCCUAUAGAGGUGGACUGUAGUGAAUGAUUAUCAGUUUGUUGUUAUCGACCAGCUGAUCAUCACCUCUAUAGAAUCUAUAUCUGUCAUUACCACCUGACAACCUGAAGGCAUGGAUCAGCACUAACCACAAGUCUGAUUUGAAAAAAAAGGAAAAAUACAUCACAGUGUGUGUUGUCUUGGUGCUUUGGUCUGAUUCAUCUGAUAGCAGAAAGAAUCACUUUAGCUUUAUAAAGACAGGGACUAAUGAUGGUUUUAAGUGAGUCUCAUAAGUAAUAUUAGAAAAUGGCUGAUCCAAUUUACACAAUAGGGUCAGUAUUUUUGCUAGGACUGGGUGAUUUGUCAACAAAAAAAAGACACUCAUAAAUUUUGUCAUAUCGUCCGAUCUUGAUUAUUAUCACUUUUUUUUUGUAUUUUUUGAACUGCCAGUUUUAAAGCAUCUGUUCUAAAAACAAAAGAAACAAGACAUUAGUUCAACUUCUUAUUAACAUACAAAGUAAAUAAAAAAGCAAAUUAAAUAAGAUAAAUUUAGAAGAAAAUAAAAACCACUUUAACUCAACAGUAAAAACACUCAAAUGUAGAUAAGUACAGAAUAAUACAGUGAACUAGUUUACAGUCCUGAGUAUUUUUGCAAGUAUGCCAGAACCAAAUAAACAAAUUGCUCCCUUAAGGAUUAACAAAGACACCAACAUGUAAACAUUAGAUGAUGUAAACGUAGAUGAUACGAUUGAUCGCUGCUUUGGUCUGGUGGCUGCUCCGCUAGUUGAGGCUAAACUGCCAAUGCUACUUGUGCUACACGGUGGCAGGCUGUACAGACUCUGCUCACAUUUUCAUGCUUUACACAUAACCACAGUAAUAAUCAAUUACUUCUCCUGUUUACUUCUCUGGCAACUUACAGAAGUGAGCAGGAAAAGCUCGACUCUGAUUGGCUGUUGUCACGCACAUUUCUGCUAUGUUUGAUCGAGUAAAUAAGCUCACAGCUGAUCAGCGUGAUCGAACUGAAAUUUAUCACGAUCAUUUAAUCGCCCAGUCCUAAUCUGUGCAUAUAUUGAUUUACUGACUACUUAAAUUAUGAAAGCAGUAGCAGACAGAGUCCAUCGUCCUAGUCCAAACAAACUUGAAUCACUAAGUGUUAAAACUUAGAUCAGGUCCACUCCCUCUUAAGCCUCAACCAUUAGUUUGCUUUAUUAGACGCAUCCUUAAAAUCAAUUAAUAAUUCUUUUUCUCUCUCUUCCUCCUCGCUCCUGCUCUUUAUAGUAAUUAAGAGUAGAAUCUGUUCGAGGUUUGUUGCAGAAGAAAUGCUCUAUUUUCAUCCUGCUUGCUGAAGCAGAAAGAGGAAAUUGAGGGCUUUUUAAAUGAGCGCUUUAAUGUCAGCACAUGCUUUACUUUGUUCUUUUAUUCAUGGCACACGUGACAUCCUGGCAGAAGGCCAGCUGUAUUUCACUUCAUCACUUUUUGGGUUGACCUGAUAUUGAACAUGGUGUCUAUCCCUCGCAGUGUUGCUCAUAUUUGCUAUUGAACAUAUUAUGUAAUUCAUCAUCACUGUCAUCAUUCUGUCUUUUUCUCCCCUCUGCCUGGGCUGCUUUUAUAUUUCAGUCAAUUCUGGCUGUCUGCGUAGUGUCUGCACUGUCCUCUGGGGGACAUCCACUGCUGUUUCUGACAUAUUAUCAAAAUCUACUCCUUGCUGUCUUAUGUUACAACAAAUGAGCCUUAUUUUUACCAUUCCAUUGUCGUCUUUUAGUUUGACUAUGGUCCAUCACUCUCUUAAUACUCCCACACUUUUUUUGACUUAAUCAUCAUCGCCCUUAAUAUUCUAUCUGCUCUAAUGGAUAAACUUAGUACAGCCACACGCAUGCAAACUGUUAAUGCCUGUCUUUGCAGGCUGUAAAAGCACUUCUACAAUCUGUCUUCUUGCUGUGGCCUCGAGAGGAUUAUCCAACAUGGUCAGUUCAACAAUAAACAAACAGCCACCCAGUCACAUGAUCAUCCAUUUUUCCCUCUGAUCAGACAGUAGGGAUCAAUCAAUGGGGAUUUAUUUAACAUGAAUAGGAGAACAAGCGCAGGCAUAAUCCAUACUGUGCUGCAGAAUAAGGAACGCCCACAGGGCAGGCUUCCCUAGCCGUCCAAUCCCACAAAGCACUGUAUAGGGAUUAAACCAGAUUAUCUGACUAAGCUAUUCUUGGAAACAAAUGAAAAAUCUCUGGUCCACAUUAAGGUUCAAGGAAUGCUGAAAAAGUAGCUGAUGUAGCUCUCACUUGAUUACUGUACUUAUGACUAAUGAUGAAGACUUAAUCUGUCUCACUCCAUGAUACAUCUCUUUACAUCAAACAAACUAAAAGCAACCCAGAUUAUUAUGUCGCAUUCAGUGGAUAGACAGUAUUUAUUCAGGAAUACAGAUUAAAACAAACUCAGAUUAUACAGAAGUUAAUUCAAUCCUGAUGCUCAUAACACUUUACUGUAGCAGAGCUAGUCUGUGAUCUGGUCAGCAGGUGGCGUCAGUGAGCGGUAACAUCUCUGACUCGGAGAAUGACUUCUCUCUAAAGGAGCUGUCCAUUCAGCACCACUCUGAAGCGUCCUACUCUUCAGCAGGCUGGAUAGAGAGAGAACAAGAAUCGCUGCAAUCUCAUACACAGCAGCAAUAAAUAAAAAAAAAAAGGAAAGUGAAAAAGCAAAGGAGGGCAGACUGCAAAUGCCACAAACAGCUCAAAUUCUGCCCGACGUUUCCCUGUUGCAGCAAAAAGCUACUGCAUGGUACUACAGUGAUAAUUGUGACAUCCUCUACCUUACAGGCUUGGCUUGUUUACAGAACCAUACACAUAUGUUCCUACCUCUGCAUGGACACAGUAAUUGGCACAUUAUAAGAAAAUGAAAUAAAAUGGACAACUAAUUAAAUGUUAUCAACUUCUCCAGACCAUCUGUAUGCAGGUUCUGUUCUAACAUUGGAAUAGUGGAGCUCUUUAAUGUCACGUCUAUCUUUCAGGCUACUUUGAGGCUGUGCAUUUCUUGUUGCAAGCAAAAAUAAGACAAUGCACAGGCCUUGAAGUCAGAUUGGUAGAGGAAACUGGGUCGAGAUGAAACCCUCACAUUAGGUAAUGAUAUUCUUAGGAGUCAGUGAGCUAAAAUCCUCCUGCCGGAGUCGGCUGCAGGAAAGAAUCGUGAUAGUCAGUCAUGCCUUGCACAGAUAACAUACUACUGCUCCGUGACUUCAGGUCAUGUUGUUGUUGCUCGAUGUUUGACACCAGAUGGACUCGGUUGGAAAUGACUUACUGUCCUCUUGCUCGACUGAGGCUCAGAUUACAGCUCCCACUGCUCCACCCUGUGACAAGACAGGUACACUCAUAUAGUCUUGCUUCCUUUCCGAUUUAUUUUUUAUUUUUUUUAUUUAUCUUCUUCUCCCAGUCAAACUACAUUUGCGGUCGUCCUUUGGGAGGGAUAACACUUUCUGAGAAAAAGAGUAAAACUGUGUUUUCCUGGCUGUUCCUGAUGGUGGUAUAGCACACGAAACACACAAACUAGAAAAAUGAUCACAGCCGGGUGUGUCACAUGCUGAGCACAGAGCAUGCAGCUGCCAGUUUUUCAUCACUAUAGAUUUAUUUAGCCUUUUUUAGCCCGAGAUGUACUUAUGGAGGUAUGCAAGAAGUAGGAAUGCGAAACUGGCACAUUCACAAAGUCAUAAAAAGAUGUGUUUUCAUGUAUGUGGCAUGUCUACUACUACUGAUCUACUGAUAUUCACUUCUCUCUUUGUAUGUAAGUAUUCACAACAACAAGAUAAUAGAAGGAAGGAUAAUGAAGCAUCCAAAGGUGUUCCAGAGCAUGUAAGUUCUGGACAAGAAUUGAAAUUCCAAUUAGCUGAUUGGUCCAGUGGCAAGAAAAUACUCUGAAAACAGCCAUAAUUGAGCACAAUUUCCUUAUUCAUUCAAUUAUUUUUUUCAUAUCUGAACUAUAAUGUGCCGCUCAAACUCAUAAGAAGGUACAAGGUUCCAUGCGCCCUAUGGGUUUGUUUACAUCUGGUUAGUAAAGCAUUUUAACAUCAUGGUAGUAACCACUAACUGGUGCAAUGGCCCUUCCUAGUGGUGUGGCUGUGCUACAGCUUUGACACAAGGACGUUUUGAGUCUUCAAUGAUAAAAAUAUUAAUGAUUAAUUUUAGUGCCCUACCGAUAUGGAUUUAUUGGGGUCGAUGCUGAAAUCUGAUUACUGAUUAAUCAGACGAUUUUUUAAAUUUUUUAUGAAGUUUUAAAACUUUGUUAAUUUAAGUAAUAUAUCUCCAUAUUUACUUUUUUUUAACAAAUGGCUGCUUUUGAGCCCUUCUAACAAUUCUUCAAAGAAUUAAAGGCAGAAAAAUUUUUUUCAAAUCCUCAGUAAUUAUCCACAUAUUUAUCAUGAAUCAAACUCGGACCAGAAAAGCAUUUUCAAGAACCCCCCUGCUGAUCGGUGCCUCCGCGUCUUAACUCGUAACUCAUUUCCAGUCCGGUCUCAUCUGGAGACAUGCAGCUGCCUCAGUAAAAGAAGUAGCUCGAUCACAUAAUGUGUACUGUUGUUUAUUCUACCGUUACUGGCACGGCUAACAGUGUAGCAAGGCUAAUAGCAGAUGGCUCACUCUAACUUAAGCUUGCAUAUUACAUGGUGCUUCACCGUCAACUCGGCGUGACCGAGACCAGCACAGCGGGGAACAACGUGAAGUGGGUUGAACUGAAACUUGUUGACUUAUUGUGUAUUUCACAAGCUGGUUUAUUUACCGUUGAGGCGGACCACUCUCCUCCGAGCGACCCUGCCGCCGUCUGCUGUGCUGUGAGGUAGUUAGUGGAUGAAGAUUGUCAUGAGGUCACUGCGCCAUCUAAAGGAUAAGUCGGGGGAUCUUUUCAAGUGGCGGAACAUUUUGAAACUGAAUCUUAUUCUCCACAUUUUAUUUCUGAAAAUAUCUGUGACAAUCAGCGAGCUUUGGCCGAUUACCGAUUAGUCUCAAAGGGGCUAAAAUUGGCCAAUUUAAUCAGCUUGCUGAUAAAUCGGUCGGGCCCUAAUUAAUUUAGCUAACUUGUAAUCCUGGUGCAGAGUACCACUUUUUGGUCAAGUAAAUAUACACAACCCGAGAAGCAACAGUGGCAUAACUCAGGAGUCAUCAACUGCUUUUUCAAGCAUCAUGUUUCACAAUUUAGCCAUCCUUAAAUUUCCAAGGUCAGAAAAAGGGACUAUUUUUGAAUAACGUGAUGGUGCUUGAGAGGAGGCUAUUAAAUAUGCUAGCUGUACUUCACAAUCUCAAUGCUAAGGUAAUCCUGCUUAACAAGUUAAUGAAUGUAUGUGUGGCACUAGAAAAACUAGCCCACCAGACUUUUUAGUUAGUGUUAGAGACCACAGACCAAGCCCUACUGUGUGUCCAGCGAUGAAUAAAAGAUCCCCCAAAGGAAACAAAACAAGUUUAGUUACCUAAUUAGCAAAAGGUUAGCAUACAGCCUCUAGCUGUAUGCUAACUGCCACUUAAAGCAGUCAUACCUGAUUUCCAUGCACUCACUUCACUAACAACUCAACAUGUGAUGAAUGAGCAUGACAAACAUGUUCUUGCUAGUAAAUGCUAACAAUGUAACACUAGCUGUAGCAUAGUUUGCACAAUGAGCCGCACAGCAAGCCUUCAUCUUUGUCCAAUAUUUGCAUGAAUAAAUCCCCAGAGGCAGCAAAACAAACACUGCUACUUUUUUAGCAACUAAAUGGGCAGAAGUGAAAUCUGGCAGACACGCUGCAGCAGGGUCCAACCACUACUCUAUGAAGUGGACACGUUCCUUUCUUCUGACUUCUAGUAAUUUAGUGAGCCUAAUUGGAUAUUUUGAUGUGGGACUGUAAUGGAGAUGGAGAUGGGUCUCUCAAGUGGCCACUCAGGGAUCUGCAGAUUCAGAGGUAAUGUGUUUGCUAGAUAUCUCUGCUACCUAAGUUGCAGCUUGGAAAAAAAUACAUUACCCAUUUGAAAGAGAAGCUUUUCAUAUACUGUGAUAUUUAACACAAGGGUCAGUGAUGUUUGUUCCCAAGUAUUUGACAGAAUGUCUGUUUUACUCUGCGCCCCAAUGUUUUAAACUAUAAUGAAAGUUAAAGUUUGUAUUCUCAUUGCAACAGAGCUGAAUCAUAUUUUCCUUAGUUUUCCUCCGACUGUAGAAAGAAUUUUUUUUUUAAAAUAUACAUAAUACAUAAUAUAUAACAUGCCUCUCUAUCAGUCAGCCAUGCACUCACUCUGUCUUGCUGCCAUCUGCAUGUGAAUAAAGAAGAGCGAGUGAAAGGAGCUUCAUGACUCAGCAGCCCAGUCUGAACAACAACAACAACAUCACAUUGUCUUUCAAAAAUUGGGGUUUCGCUUGCCAACAAAGUGGCAACUUCCAGUGUUAGAAAAAGAAAAAAAGCUACUGUAGAAGUGCAAAAAUCUGCUGUCUUAACCUGGACCAUAUCAGGGUGUCCUUUUACCAGUAUAAAUAAACAUGCUGACAGCCAGUUUUGAACUCUUCUUCUCACUUCUGUUUUAGUUUACUUCAUACUUUAUUCUAGACCCACAGGUCCAUACUCUUUACAAUUUCACAAAGUUAUUUAUUCAUUUGUAAUAACACCCUUCUGUUUUGGUUAUAAGUUGUGCGUUAUUACGUAUGAUCUGAGGAGUGGCUGACGUGGCUGUCUGGUGAAUGCACUUUCUCCAGAUUUCUAGAUUAACCAGAAGUUAGUUGCAGCAUUUCCAAAAUAGCUACUGCCAUCUUUGUGUUUCAUAACACCUCUUUAGUAACUUGUGAAUGGAGCCUCUGGGACUAUUUUUUUUUAAUCCAGUCUUUAAAGCUUAUACAAAACAAAUCAAACAAUCUCUUUGUCUACAUACAUUAGAUCAAAAAGCAACAACAAAUUAGAUAGAAUUAAUCUGUCGAUCAUCUAACAUAAUUCAGAUCAGCAUGCACAGUAUGCUUGGUCAAUCUGAAUGUCAUUUGUGAGGGUGGUGAGUGAUUUGAAUGAGCAGUGUAAGCCAGCUUUAAUGAGGUGUAAUUUGGAGAGCUUUAGGAGAUUAAACAGAAUGAAUGCUUUGCUCCCUGACCCAGGUUAUGUGGAGAGGUCUGCUUUUUUUAAUCGUUGAUGGUUCAUUUUAAAGGAAUGGGUCAGUUACUUUCUGGCCUCCAUGACCUCAAGGAGCUGGGAUGCAUGAAGCAACUGCACGGAGAUGUUAUGAAAGAUACAUUUUUACAAAAGAAGCUGAUGAAUCUAAAUCAUGUUUGAUUCAGAUGACUCUUCUCAUCAUAAAAAUAUAUAUACUAUAUUUUAAAAGUUUUUGUUUAUGAUACCAUUGUAAAGAAAAACAGUUGACUUGUGACUCGCCCCACCCUCUUAUACUAACACUGAGACACCUGUCAAGCCUGUCUCUCUCACAUAGCCCUUAAAGCUUUAUACAUUCAUGUGAGUUUCACACCUCUAACCAUUCAUCCAUCAAUGAGCCACUCUGCUUAUCCCAUUAAGGGUUGUUGGAGGCUGGAUCCAGUCCCAGCUGCUAUUGGGUGGGGUACAGCAGAAGAGAUUACCAGCCUAUGGAAGGCCUGACAUGUGGUGACAACAAAAGAACCAUUCCUAUUUAAUUUAGAGUCACUUUUUUUACCUGACAUACAGGUCAUAGAACUAGAAACUAGAGGAUCCAGAAUGAUCUAAUGCAUGAAGAGUAGAAUAUACUAAAGGUCCUUACACAGCGGGCAAUAGGCGAAGCGACGCGAAAAGGCGAAUAAAAUCUGCUAAGCGAAUUAAGUUUGGCGCUUCUAUAACAUAUCUAUAAAACCAUAUACAAACGUUUACUGAACUUUGAGUUGCUCUGAGCUGGUUGCUUAGCUAGCUUAGCUUCAUAUUAUGCUAGCUACAUGUUACACAUCUAUGUUUGAGGAUUGAUAAGUUGAGAUCUUUUAUUUCCUGCCAUAUGUUUUCUUUGAGGAGAGUGUCGUUGAAUAUUUCAAAGGAUUUGUCCCAUAAAGCAGGGCGCUCCUGCACACUAAUGAUAAAGCGCUCAGUCAUGAUGAAUGAAUGCAGACUAGGGUUGAGGCUGCCAGUAAAGUUUGGAUGUGAUGCCUUUUCGCCUCUGCAAAAUUCAACACAAGAGCGAAUAAAUAACAGUCGCUUUUUGCUUCGUAAAUUUUCACUGCCAGUGUGUAAGGUCACUUUGACUUCAAGAGUUUUUUGUUUUUUUUAAAACCAAAUUAUUCGCAUCACGAAUUCACUCCCUGUGUGUAAGGACCUUAACUCCCCACAGAGAGGUCCGAACUGUUAGUUAACAGUUUAAGUAUAGCCAGAGUCUUGUAGGCUUAUUUGAUACCCGAAGGCAACGUAGUUUCUUACUAGCUAAAUCUACAGCAAAAAAUCUAUGAGUGUGCCUGCGAGCUGAAUGUCUUUAAGACUGACAUUGAAAGGCAUUCAUAUGAAAACUUCUGAUUAAAGGAGUGUUUGAGCCCUCAGUUUGUUGGUUUUCCAGCCUCCUUCAGGUACUUUCCCACUCCUAACUGGCAGCUUACCUAGCUAGUGUGGCAUUUACAGCUUACUUUAAAACAGAAAGAACUUAAUCCAUCCCCUGCACUUUGUGCAUUGUUUAAAACAGACAGAAAUAAGCCAAAAAAAUACAAUUUAGAUCAGAGUGCCAAGUUUAUGAGGGAUUAAUCAGUUCAUGCAGCUGGUGAAGAAAGCCAGAAUUUGACACACCUGAGAUGCCAGUCAGCUCGACUAAUUAGGACAGCCAACAAGAAGAUUCACUUAGUUUUAAAUUCAGAUUAUUGUAGUUAUAAAAUUAGCAAGCUGAGUCACUCUAAUGCCCAUCUCAUUCAUUAUAUAUGUAGAACACACACAGCACACAGCUAUAAACAUGGGGAGUACCCCAGUCGAUUCAGUGCAUUAAGAGAUUAACAAGGCUAGCUGCUGACACUGAUCAGGGCUUGAGUCCAAUACAAGAGGAAAGACUUGCAGCAGGCCAGGGCCCCUCCUUAAUGCUUUUUCCCAACAUAUCAUAGAGGGUGAAGGUUGGAGUUGGGACGGGGUUCACUGCACAGAGGAGGUUAUGGCCAGAGGCUGCUGUCCUGCUCUGGCCUUACACUGGGCCGGCUAGGCUUAUCUCGUGUAGAGAAAUAGAGAAAGAGAGCCAUCUAGGGAAGAGGAUAGAGAGAGCACGAGAGAGGGAAGGAGGGAGGGAGGGAGGAGGGGGUGAUCCUGCGCCUGCUCACUGUGAGCGCAGCAAGUGCAGCUUUCAUCCGCAGCAGAGACUGAGGGAGAGACAGAGAGAGUUUAAGCCAGCAAACAGUAGCUGUGAGGGGCAGUGUGAGAGCGUGAGAGAAAUACAGAGUUAGAAGAAGAAAACAGUGACCAGCCAUUUUGACAUUUAUUUACUACUGCUAGCCCUCCUGCCUCUGCUGCAUGCUCUAGUUUGCAGUGCGAAUAUUACCGUGCAGGUCACCUCCUUCUCUUUUGGGAAAACUGAAGAACCCCAGGGACGUGUGAAUUUCUGGCACAAUUGCUCAGCACUGCGGCAUCUUGAUACAAACGGCGGAAUGUAGCGGAUGGGAGGAAAAAAGCUUGAGGAUCAUCCUUCCAGACUUCGGUCCCUCACCGUCCAUCUGUCUCUGCAUCCACUCCGUGCUUCCUCCCCGUGUGCAUCUCUCCUGCUCUGUGUAUGGGAGGUGAAGCUUUGGCAGGCUGUCAGUCAGCAUGCGGCGGUGUAAACGGGCAGCUCAGUGCCCACAACACGCUAUGGACGUCAGACACUCCUCGCUGUACUAAUGAAAGGCUUCAAGCUCGCCUGGUAAGGCUCAACAGAAAGUAAACAUAGCCUUUUCUGUGUGUUUUCUGGUGGAUCGAACCUGUUUUCCUCUUUAGCUCUGAGGAUUUCAUGUAUGCAAAGCACAACUCAGUCAGGGGCUUCAUGUCUGUCAUCAUUUUCAUGUGUUUCUUUGGACUCUUGCUUUAAUGACAAGUCUAGAUACUGUCUCUGUGUGGCUGGUUAGACUGUAAAUAUUUAAGGGUUUUUCUAGAGAACUACACUAAAUAUGAAUCAUCUGUUUGCCAUUUUAUUUUCCAUGUGGUUAUGUAAAUGGGCAAAUAGCAAAUUGGUAAUCUAGACUUGACCAGUGCACUACCAAGCUGUGAAUCCAGUGCAGCUAUUGUGGGCUAGUGCUUUUUUUUUUUUUCUCUUUCACUGAGACUGAGGCGACCCCGCUCUGCUCCCCUCUGGCGGGCUCAGUAUGAGCGGAGCAGCUGAGGAGAAAAACUCACGUGGCUGCCUGGAAAAGAGCAGGCACAUGCUCCCUCUGUCUCUCCCCGGCUUCUGCUCCGGCUGUCCCCCCUCGCUCGCUUUCCUCUUCACUCAUCACAUGGACAAACAGAUCCACGUCCAGGUGGCCUUACCCCUCACUUUCUUUUUCAACCUGUUUCACCACAUUAUGCGCUGUCUGCGCUCACUUUUCCCUCCUCCUUCCUCCUCUCCUCUCCUCCCUUCUUGUGUUUGUUUAUGCUCCUCCUCCUUUUGCCUGAUAUUUUUAGAGACGAAUUACAGAGCACUGCUGGAGGAAAAAAAAAACAGAGGGGGAGCAGUUUCGGCAACGUGCGUCCCGCUUCCUUCCGUCUCACUUUCAUGGGGACCUUUUCUUUCCCCACAGUCUGUCUCACUCUCUUUAUAUUUGUCUGUGUCAUCCUCAUUUGCAUCCCUCUCUUCUCUGCCCUCUCCUUAUUUUCUAUCCUCUCAAAUCUUUUGCUUAAUCCUCCUGUCUUUUUUUUCUCAAGGCUAUUGGCUGGAGCUUUGAAAAUUUCUUCUAAGGGCUUCAUAACAAUAAUCAGAUUGAGUGCACACUGUCAGUAAAUGUUAGUGGCAUGUUGUCUUUAUCAUUCUGUCAGACAGGGACACUAUUAAACCUGAGCCUGCCGUCACUUAAUCUGUUUGCUGCACCCUGAUAGACACAGGUUACUAUCACAGCCAUCUGUUAGCAUCCCAUAGACCUACACUUUGAGGUAAGCUGGCUGGCUAGCUGGGUAUAGUGUGCAUGCCAUGCUGCUGAGUUAUAUAACAGCAUGUGUGCAUAUUUACCUGAUUUUGCUUACAGAGAAUAAACUUUGCAGCAUUUUCAUCACUAAUGUUCAGCUUUGGCCAAGAAUAAUGAUCUAAAAGCUCCCACUCUUUCCUGCCUGAUUGAUUUUUCUCCCCAUGUCAAAGAUAAAUGAUAAGGUAUGAGCUCUUUCUGUGCAUUAAUCAAUGUGAGGAUGCAGCUGAAGUCCCUCUCAUUUUAUCUGCGUCUGUACUGUCAGAGCUGCAUUUUCUGCUUUCAGGGACAAUCUGCUUUGUAGGCAAAACGGCAUGACCUAGAGGUCACGCCAUCAAUCAAUACCUCAAUCAGCACGUUUGUUAUACUGGGUGGUAGAGCAAUCACUGUAACUGGAUAGAGCAGCGUAUUUAUCAGCACUAGAUGCAGCGGUCUAAGUGAUUUGAAGCUCUCUUUAUAGUUGAUUGAACUGGACAGUGAUACUCGCAGUUGGGGCUUGAAAUAAAAAAAAUAAUUGAAACCAAAAUUAAUAAUCUCUAACUAAGCUGAUCUUGCCCAUGUCAGUGAUUUCCAUUUUUUUAUGUUCUAUUAAUACUUUCAAAAAAUGGUGACCCCCCCACUACGUGUCAACAUGUACUGUCCGCUUAAAAACACACUAUCAAGAAUGUAAACUGUGAUAAAGAUCACAGCACUGCUGAUAUUUUCAAGCUCAUUUUCAUUGAUACUGAUAUUGAUACUAAUAUAUAUAACUCACAUUUGUCUUUGCAAGGAAUACAAAGUUUCUCCUUUUACAUGAAAAAUAUUUUACUCUUAAUGUGACAGACACAAAAAAGUCAAAUAACAUUUGCUUAUGCAUGAUCAUUGGACUUUUCCAAAUAGAGAGGUUAAGUUGUGCAUCCACUGUCUGUAUCCAACCCCCCUAAAAUACCUCUUUACAGCCAACAUUUGAGGGAUGUCAUCACAUGUACAUAAUGAAUUGGCCAAUAAUUAUUUUGGCAGAUAUUUUCAUACUUGCAAAUGAUAGCAUUUAACUUUUAAAGCUAUUAUCUGCUGAAACAUAUAUCGCCCACUCAGAUUUGUUUCUGACUCUUUAUACAAACAGAAAGGCUCAAGAUAGUCGUGCAGUCCUUUUUAAACCUUGCACUGCAGCAUCAUAAUUGAUAUAAAUUUUAAACUCAAGUGCAUCACAUACAAUGGAAAUCAUUCUACAGGUGGUUAGAAUAGCAACACACGUUGUCUAAAGGAUCUAAAUAUCAGACUUACUGAUCAACAACAUUUAAAACCAGAGAUUGACUGGUCAGCUAAUUAAUUGGGACAAUUAAGGGUAUUAUUAAGUAGUCAGUAUCAUAUUGGUAUUGGUCCUCACAGUGGAUGUGCACAUGACUUUUUUAAUGAUUUAAGAUGGAUGGAAAAACAUACAAAAUUCCUUUGUGGACUUUUUUACUUAGAAAAUCAGCAAUCAACUGACCUUCUCUCUUAUGAUCAGUAUCGGCUUCAACGAUCAAAAAAAUGUAAUCUGUCUACCACUAUUCAAAACUUAUUUGACCAUGUUUUUUACUAGCCUAGUACAGAAAGAGUCACUUUUGUCCAUGGGAGUCCUGUCUGAAGUCAGGGUGGCUUGACUGUAAUUAUCAGGGGUCAAGAUUCUCAUCAGGAUCCCUAUUUUAAUGUCAUCAUUGUCUGCACUUGUAUUGAGAUGACCGAUAUACUGAUUCAAGAUUAAACAAAGAAUUUGAAGUGACUCAAAUUUCAUUAGAAUUAGCCAAAAGAAAUUAUUAAGUUUCCAUGGAUACAGUAUAACUUUGACAUAUGAAUGUAAUUCUCAGAUAUCUUCAGUCUUACACUAUAGAAUGAUUCAGAAAGAGUGAGUGUCGAAAGGUUUUCAGAUGACAAACCAGGCUGCCCUGCUGGGUGUAUGACCGUCAUAGUGCAUGCUGUGAUUGAGAACCAGAGUGGUGAGAUAUUUUUGCAGCAUUACUUACUUGUCAGAAGACAAGAAAGAGAUAAGAAGAGAGAGAGAGAGAGAGGGCGAGCGAGAGACCAUGUGUGCAAACAUGCAUGCGUGUGAGAGCGAGAGGGAGAUUGCUCAGGAUUUGGCAGUGGCCCCGCAGUGGGGAUGUUUGCUCUUGCUAUGACAUUUGGUGCGACUUAAAUCUGGACACAAAUACACACACUUACUAACACAUGCACUGAGACACAGAUGUGCACACACAGCCAGCAGCAGCAGCUGUAGCAACAGCAAGGCGCUGACAGCCGGCUGGAGCUGGAGUUGGAGCUUUACUCCCUGCACGUGGCACAGGGGACAAGCAGUUUGUUGAUGCAGGACAGUUGGAUUGACUAAGUGCACACUCGCAUACAUAAGUACCUGUGUGUAUUUUUACCCCAAACUUGUCUGGUAAAGUGUCAAGCGCCUUUAUCUUAUCGAUCGGUGCUAAUCAGAGUGAGAGACGGCAGCUUUUCCUCGACUCAAUGUCAUGGCCACACUGAAGUCGAGUUCAGAACUGAAGCAAAGGAGUGAAGUUUCGCAAUGUGUGACUUCUGCCUGUGCAUGGUUAAAACACUGCAGCUUUAACUCUAUCAGGAAACACAGGGGUGCAUUUUUCUGCAUGCUCGCAUACAAAUUAAUCCACACAAUGCGUCUUUUUUGCUGAAUCAAAGAAAUUUCAAAACAUGCAGAACUUCUCACGUGCACAGGCUCUCCGUUUCCUCACUUAUACACAUUUAUGCAAACCUCAUCCCCAGGCAUGGGCUAUCUAGUGCUGAGCUACUAAUGUCUCUCUGGGCUAUUUUAAACUGACUUAAAAACUGUGGCUCCCGGGCUCCUGCACCAAGAAGAUUGUUGAUAUUAGCAUAUUAAGUACUAAGACUUAAUAAGGAAAGUGCUCUCUGUAGCUGCAGGUUCGCUAAUCGUGAACAAGCUGAUCCUCUAGAUCUUACAGGUUCCUCACAUGUGAUGGUUAAGCCCCCAGUUCCCUCAAGACCCACUCUGAUCAUAUUUUGCUGAUGCUAGAGGACAUAUCAUGAGAAAACUAGUAGCAAAAUUUCAUUUCUGAGUAUUUCUGCAUUCAAAUUGCUGUGAAUCUCUGGCAGACUCAAACGGCAGGUUCAGAAACAGUGGGAUUUUCUACAUCACAAAUCCAAGCUCCGCCCCUGGCACCCCACUCUGCAGGCCAGACCCCAAGAAGUAGAGAGGACGAUGGCAAUGUGCAGCAGCAGAUUGCAAUGCUCGUAGGAAAGCAAAUUAUGAUAGCUUUUAUCAUGCCCUCAAAGACGUUCGCGUCUGAGAGCUGAAUAGCUCCGAUGUUACCUGCCACUUCUACUCCACCGGCAAUAUUAGGCUGCAAGCUUGCAUGACGGGGAGGUUGCAGAGCAGUGCUGUCUUCACCCUCAACUCAGAGGCAAAUUGCUUAUGAUCUACUGGAGCUCUGCAGAAGAAAAGCCCUUGAAAAUGAUAGGUAACGUGAUCUAGGCUAAAAACUUCAUAAUCACAAUUUAACGACCACUGAGAACACUUCAAGUAGUAAAAAAAACAAUCGAAGGGGGACUUUUAAGCAACAGCAUUUCUGUUUACAAAAACAAAACCCAGAAAUGUCCACAAGAGAUUGUAAGAAAUGGACUGUGAGGCUUGGAACCACCUGCAGCCUUGCAGAUAAAGUACUGCACCAUCAGACAGGACAACAAUGGGCUUGGAAGUUCACAGCAUGGGCUUUGCGGUGAAAAGAAGCCACAGAAUUGUUUCCCUCUUGGCCACAGCUUAUUAACUCUCUUGCUUUCUCUCACUAUCUUUCUCUCUUGUCCCCUCUCCCCUUUUUCUCUCUCUUUUUUUUUUACACUGCUGGCUUCCCUGGGCCAUUUGUCAUCACUGAUUAUGCUGUGUAUUGUUCCCUGCUGCACUCCCCACUCUGCACCACACAUAACCAAUGUUUUUUUUUAACCUUAAGGCUCUGAAUGGAUAGUUGUGAUAAAGUAUUUUUCAAAAAUGAUUGAAAUCGAUUAAAAAUAUGCCAACAUUGGACUCACUUAAAGACCGCAUUUGAACUUUUAUCAGGUGUUUUAACAAGACAGGCCAGCUAAGAAAGCCUUGCAAGUUUUGUGUUUGUAUCCUGCAGCAAAUUUCGUAUGUUUUUAGACAGACAGGUGCAUUACUCAAGAAACAUUGUUUUCUCUGUCUCUAUCAGUCUCAUUUUUAAUGGACUGAUUGUUGCUUCCAGGGACAGACACUUGUGUGUUUCUCUCUCCAGUGGAUGUCUGAAAAGACUUCACAUUAGUGUGCCAUACACUUGUUGCUCCAAAAGAGCCUAUCCAGACAAUAAUGGCCGUUUCCAUUAAGCUUUUUAGUGCACAAACAGAACCUGCUCUAUCUCGCUCUCUUGAACCAUAACAGCUACUGUGCACCAGCAGAACAAUACAAAGCAAACCAAGCUUUUGUGUGUUCAACCCAGUGUCCCAUACAUUAAUGGUUGUGUGCAUAAGGUUUCAUAUGCUGGUUAUUGUUUUCAUAAAAUCCUUGUGUUUUCUUUACAUUUUUUGCUUGUGAAACUGUAGGAGACGGAGUCCAUACUUUUUACCUCAUUGAGUGUAGGAUAGCGAACAAUCAAGACCUACUUUGUUUUUCUUUAUUUUGCCUACCAAAAUUCAUUAACAGCUUGUUAGAGAGGUUGCAUAUUAGACCAUAUUGCUAUGUUAGGUCAUGCCCAGGGAGGGACAUUCAUACAUUAUCAUGUAUUAUCACUGUUUCCCAGGCUGUUGGUUGUAUCAACUUUGAAAAUUUGAUGUUCGGUGUUUCACAGUCCGUUAGCUAACCACACCAGAGUACAGAUAAUGUUAGCAUUAAGUCACUGAAUUUACAGUUGGGUCUAAAAAUCACAACGGAAAUACAGAAAUAUUUGCACAAACAAACCACGUACUUUAAACACAAAUAUAGAUUAUUAGUAGAAGGGCUAAUGUUAAUGUUGGUUUGUAUUUUAAUGCCACAGAAGCCAGCAAAUAAUACAAUAAUUAUACAACCCUAAUGAUAAGUUUGACUACUGUGUUGCUGUUAAAUGAGUUACCCAGUUGGAUUGAAGGUCACAAGUUAACAGCAUUACUCCUUAAACCACUACACCAGCAGUCUGCCUUCAAUAUUAUUAGUUUUGAUAUAGUGAAUUCAUUUACGAUUAAAAAAUGAUAUUACAACUGGAUUAGAGCUAGUAUCCUCAAUGUUAAAAGUAAGGCCCAGUAUUAGGUCAAGCAUUGUGCAUUUGGCCAGCUACCAUGAUGUAAAGAUAGACACCAGCAUAGAAAUCAUGGCCCAGUCUUUAUGGCUUUUCACCAUCUGUUGUCUUUGUAGUUGUUGAUCAAUCUGAAAGCCAGGAAAAGACCACAGUUUGUUGGAUUGUCAUGGUUUACAGUUUAUGACCUGGAACGCUGUGAUAAUGCAUGAUUACAAUGAAAGACAAAGAACAGAGCUUGUCUAUUUGUUUUGUUUUGCUUUUAAUAUUUUUCUUUCUUUCUUUCUUUCUUUUUCUUUUCUUUUUUUAAGGUAUUUUUUUUGGGGGGGGGUUGCCGUUAUGGAUAGGACAGUGUGGAGGACAUGCAGCACAUGGUCGGAGCUCGACUCGAAUCCACGACCGCUGUGAGGAUUGUGGUCCCCUUACAUUGGGCUCACUAACCCGCUAGGCCAUGUGCGUGCCCCGUUCCUUUCUGUUUCACACAAUAAAGCUCACAUAAAGCUCAGCCUCAUUGGCUGAUCUGUACAUAUUAUUUUUUCCAAAUUACUAAUUGAUUAAUCAUUUUCAUUGUAGGUUUGAAAUAUACUAAAUAGUGCAAGUGUAUAACCUUCCAAAUUUGAUUGAAUCUGACUUCAGGUUUUAUCUAGUGCACCAGGCAUGCAUAUCAAACAUAGGUGGUAAAAAAGGGAGGAAACAGGGAUGUUGAAAAUACUGCAGUACUUUCAGGCUGGCCGGAAAGCCAAGGAGUGCUGAUACUGCAAAAACGUUCAUCUAGAAAUAAAAAGCCAUCAUGAUUUCAAAUUACAGUAGACAGUUUUAGUAAGAAUAGCCCGUUUUUCCAUUAAUGCACACUGUGUGAGUUUCUUUUAACAUAUUGAGGUCAUCAUAAAUAACUGAAGCGGCACGGCUGACUUUACUGACAGGUGGCACAAUGUUGCUGUGCUGGCUAAUGGCCUGCCUUAAAUCUGCCUUUUUUCUAGGCGCACUGGAAGUUGAGUUGAGUCAGCAUUUCUCAUGCGGUAACACCCACUGCUGGGUUUUACAACUCUAUGUCAGAAACCAGUAGGGGAUGUUCUUAACACUACCUUCAUGUUUUACAGCAUAGGGCUGUUUUCAAUAGGCUAAAGGCUGCUGCUGCCACUGUGGGGCUUCAUAACCUCACUGAGAAUUCUCCAUGUUUUCAUUCAGUCCAUGGUGCACACAGAAAGACAGGCAUAGAAAGGGAAUAAACUGAUUUCUCUGUUUAUUAUCAGAUUUAUUUAAGCAAGAUGAUGAAGUUGAGUCUAAGGUUGUGUUCACACCUAAAGGUCUGUUUCCUGAUUCGAAUCCAAGGCAAGACGAUACAUUUGUUUUGAUUGUUUAACUGGUCCGGUUUGAACUCACAAAGGACAAACUCAAUCGCCUCAGAAAACGGAACCGGAAGUCCCUUGACUGCGAAUGUCAUUCGGUUGUUGGUCAUUACUUUAUGGCGGAAUACAAACCCCGCUCUGCUGUCUUCACCUGUCAUGGAACACCGUAGGCUGAUUUUGCUUUUGCUACUUGUCUGGAGCGCGUAUCAAAAGACGCUAGUCGAUCACGCGUAUGAACGGCUCGCUAGCCAGCGAGUGCAAACUGCGACAUUAAUUAAUACAUUCCGGAGUAGAUGUGCUGCAAACAACAGGCAUUAAACGGCGACAGGCAUUAAUGACUUGUGUGGUGCGUGUCCUGUGUUAGGUGUGGAUGACGUUCACACCAGAAAUGAACCGCUCCAGAGUUCACUUAAUAGCGGUCUGAGACCACCUCUUCAGGCAGACCAGAGUUCGUUUAUUUGGUUCGCACCAGAGUUCGAGGUCAGCGUUCACAUCGACCCAAACGAAUCACACAAAGGGUUCUGUUCAACCGAACUGAACGAGGGUGGUGUGAACGCGCCUUAAAAUUAAUGAUUGGUUCAAUGUUUUGAAUUCAAGACGCUUCACUUUUUUCAAGUGGAAACCUGUUGAUUCAUGAAUCAAAGAUCAAAUAUACACUAUUUUGUUUAAAAAAAUUCAUAUUUCGUGAACUUCAGGCAUCAGAAUCUGACCAUUCUUUGGUAACGGAAAAGAUCAAUUUUAAUACAACAGUUAAAGGUAAUUUCAGAAAGUCCUCAACCGCAGCUGUUCUCUGAGCAACAGCUGAUCAGAUGAUUUCACCGGUCGACCUCCUCACCCUACCUUGUUUUUAUUUUGCACUAAAAUCGAGCUUAUAUCCGAAAAAUGUCCAUUCUGCUGCUCAGGGCUUUCUGUCACCAAGCCCACUUCCUUCCUCUUUUCUAUCCCCUGCAGAUGGCAGCCACAGUGUCCAGUGCCACAGGGACAACGUGUCCCUCAGGGGCUUAAUCCGGUUGCCAGUUUCCUGUCCCCUCCUGCCCCUCUCUGACAUCUCCAAUGAGUCCUUGAAUUACCUCACCGUGCAGUUGUGCUCUUGAAUUUAAAUCAGCGUGUUUAAUUAUAGCUUCGUUUUAAACAGGCUCUUGGACCCAGAGGUACCGUAGGUCGCAGCUCCAAUGAGAUCCCAAAAAUUGUUUCAGGCCUGCCUAUGUUAGGUUGCCAUACUUUCGGGCUAAUUAAGAAUUUAAUUAAGCCUGAGACUAAAUGUUAAAGUUAAGCUCAUGGGAUUAAACUUAAAUAGUUUAACAAGGUAGAAAACGCAUGCAGUGGUUCCCCCUUUAUUUGCGGCUAAAACAUAGAAAGUUGUUUCCUGAUCUUUCAAACUUUUGUCUCCUUGUGACGAGAUAUCAGCCGUCACGAACUCCUUUUACUUUAAACAUUUUCACAGUCAGGUGAAUUUAGCGUCAGGGCUUUGUUGAUAAUGAUUGUGUGUCUUCAUGCUUUCUGCCACAUCUUGUUCAGACACACACACACACACACACACACACACACACUCCUUGAGCUUUCUCUUUUUCCCUCUAGUUGGGAACGCUUCAAGUGGCAGUGCACAUGAAUGGCUUGACAGGCUGCCAUGGUAACUGCAUGGCCAGGACGCAGUCUGGCUGACAGACAUUUCCGACGCAGCCAGGCGUCGCCACAUUGGAGUUGCCAUGACAACUCAGUAAACAGCACGCCCUCCACUCAAACACAGAGAAAUUAGUCAGCUUGUAAUGUUGAGGGUGUGAUAGUUUAAGUAUUCAUCAGAUUAUAUAUAGAGAAAAUGAGACUUAAGAUACUGAAGCGUGUAAUCGUAAAGCUGCUGACUGUUCAUAUACAUGUUCUGUGGGUGUGUGGUCAAUUUGACCAUGUGCGUGUCCCCCUGGAUGCAAUAACAAAGAGUGCAGAGGUCCUCUAAGUAGGUCAGUUGUUGGUGUGACGCUGGGUAGGCUUAUCUGGGCACACAGUGGUCCGGCUCAGUGGACCAGCUCCCUUUGUUCCACUGCAAGGCUCCGCUUGGUGCUCCCAUAGAGGCAGCCAGCAUUACUGCAGACCCGGGGUCAGGUCUUUCCAGCAGCACGGCUCAGGGCCCUGUAUGCUUCUUUACAGAGAUACAGAGGUGAUUACUGGCUGUGGGCUGAAUGGUCCACGUGAAAAUCACUUUUCUUGGCUCAUUUCUAAUGUUGAUUUGGGGGAAAGGGAGAUGUCACCCAAAAAGAAAUGAGCAGUUGAUUUGCUGUAAUUCUAAUGGUGCUGACUUUUUGAAAUAUGACAAAUCAGGUUUUAUUUGCCUCCUCUAUGUAAGAACUGCAGUUAACCAGUUAGUCAAUGAAUAGUACAAUUAUUAUGAAAUCAAAAUUCUGUGGCAAUAUCUGAUGAAAUUUGAUCAUAGCUAACUUGAUAAUAGGCUUAUAGUUUCUGUAGCAACCGAGCUGCCAUUCAAAAACACAGAUGUAUCCAUCACAAGUAUUUAUAAAAGUCUGUGUAAUGAUUCAAAUCAUUUUCCUCUGCACUGGUGUGAUGUUUCCAUGAGCAACUUUCAAUGUUUACCAAUUUUGAUGAGCAAACAGCAAAGAGAAAUAUUUAACAACAUCUACAGGAACAUUCUUAUACUGUAAAUUAUAUUAAAAAUAUAAAUACAUAAAACGCAAGCAGCUCAAUGAAAGAGCACUUAGCUCCUAAUAAUCAGAAUAUUGUAACAUUAGUAUACAUGUGUUCAUUUUUCAGCUCUGAUGCAUCAAAAUAUGUGAAAGGUUCAAAUCCAAACUCAAAUCUGCUGUCAUAUUACUGAAACUGCUAUCAACUAAAACACAAGAUUGGACUUGGACACUCAUUUUUAAGUUAAGCAUUUAUGAAAUUUAUCUUUUUUUGAGUAAAAGUGUAAAAAGAGAAGCACAUGUUUACAUAAAAUGUGCAGUAUUUUUGUAUAGGGAUUAUUAGAUUCAUUUUAACUUAUCUCGUUUAUUGUUUUGAACAGAUAGAAAAAGAAAAUCAAGACCAAAAUCAAGACGUGGUUGACAGUCAUUGUACAAGUUAUCUUACACAAGAGGAGGAGUUUUAGGAGAAGAUGAUCUCCUCCUCUCUCCUCUCUGUGGAAAUGGGACAUGUUCAAUACCAAUCUAAGUGACAGAUGCAAAUGAAAGGCUGAUCUUAUGAUGGCCCACGUGACUGUAAUCAGGUGCAUAUAAGAUGGCACUGUACAGUGUUAGUCUGAUGAAGAGCAGGUUUGUUCAAAUGUUGCUCAACUGGUGAAUUAAACUUCUGGUGUAUUGGUGUCCUGCAGUGUGCAGCCGUUUCCUUCUGUCUGUUCACUGCGGUUAACAUUUAGCCUGACUCAGCACCUGCCCAAAGGUGGUUUGAAUAUUUCGAUGCAUGUUUCAUAAAUUUUUUGACUUCUUCUGUAAAUCUUGUGAUAGAAAAUUUAUCAAAAAAAAAAUCAAAUGACUUAAGCCAUUUCAACUGUUGCAGGAAUGACUGACCAUACUUGGGUGCACUUAGGAGGAUGCAUUAAAGCUCCACUAAGGUACUUUGUUAAUUUUGGCACCUCCUGUAGGCAAAACGGUACCUGUUUGGAUUCUGUCCUGUAAAAUAUAUAUAUAUAUAUAUAUAUAUAUAUAUAUAUAUAUAUAUAUAUAUAUUUAUACUAUUUGUUAAACCUUUUUUUGUAUCAUAACAUUCAUUUCAUAUCAUUCUUGAUAAAUAUGGAGCAGACACAACAAGCCAUGUAUGCCUGUAUUUCCAGAUAUGAACUUUUGGUUUUAAUAACUUGACGUCGGUGUACUUCCACACGUAAAAUACUGCUUCGGAUCAUGCCUAAUAUGCAUGUUUAAUGUGUAAGUUUUGUAUUUCUGAAAGAUAAAACUAGUACUUCAGUUCUGCUUUUCUUUGUGGGAGAAUAGGUUAUACAAAUAUGUAAGCGUGUGUAUCUGUGUUUAAAACCAUGAUUUGUGUUCACCACAUAGUCUGGUCUCAGUUAUUGUGCAAUUUAGAAGGAGCCCGGAAUGUAAAGUGACCUGAAUGCCGGUGAUGUCAGCCCCUCCAUUCAUGAAACAUGAAUAAUUGAAGGAGCAGCAGGCUCAGUGCAACAGCACCAAGCAGAGGUGGAAUUCAAAGUGAAAGCCAUCUCUUUCCUCAUUUGCUCCGUCUCUCACUCCCUCCCUCUCUCUAUCAGCUCACGCAUUCUCCUUCAAUCUCCCUCGAUCUAUUGUGGGUCUGCGGCCGUGAAAUUUACUGAACGAGGAGGCUGCUAAAGAAGAAGAGCCUUGCUCGGAUACUGGCGGAUGCAGUAAUCAGGCAGAAGAUCCGACCACUGGGGGACCAGAGGAAGAAGAAAAUGGAAUGGACGAGCAAAGGUUGCCGGAGAGAACUGCUGCUUUUAAUCUUCAAUUAGACAAAGAAGAAGAGAGACCGAGAGAGUGAUAGGAAGGGAGACAUAGAGACGCUGCCUGAGCUACAGCUUCGGUGUUUUUUCCUUCAUCUGCCAGGAAUACAGCUUUUUUCUUCUCCCUCGGCUGCAUCCGCUGCCUCCUCCUUUUUCCCGACAUCUUCCUGGCAUGGUCACGAACGCGUCCACCCUCCUCCCUUUUAUCCCCCUUCCCUCUCUCGUCUCUCCUUUACCCCCCCUCCUUCCCCUCCCCCUCCCCCAUCCUCUACCAUGCUUCAUCCACAGCUCCUGCUGCGUGAAUGAAGCUGUUUGAAAAGGGCUGAUCGCUGCGGAGCGGCUCUCUACAUGGCUACAACCAGGUUAGUGCUGUAAAUGACAGCCUGCCUACAUGCCUGCAUUCGGGCAGAAUGACAUAGAAGCUGCAUCAUGACAAGUUUCCUUUCUCGGCAAUAUCAACAUGCUCUAUUUAGAGGGAGAAACCAAGGGGGAGGGAGCUGCACCUCCGACCACCAGUGCCUCUUUUAUGGCAGGUGGUGUUAAGGGCAAUGUAAGCUGGUUAUUAGGAGAUCAGAGCUGGCCGGGGAAGAUCAGUGGCCCUAAGCCUGCUAAAGAAAAUCUCCCUGCCUGCCUCUACCAUCUUUUCCCUCUCUCUCUCUCUCUCUCUUGUACUCCUCCUCCAUUCAUCUGGCCAGAAACCUGUCUUCUUCUUCAACUCAGAGAGAAAGGGAAAAGUGCAGCGGACAGUCCUUGAAAUGAUCCGCUGGAUGAACAGCUCAUUACUGGGGGCUUCCUACGAGGAUAUGGUGGUAUUUGAGUGUGUGUCAACGGCCCACGAAGGUUGUCGCUGCCUGGAGGGCUGCUACGGCGAGGUGUUGAGGGACUCUGUCUAUCAGUAUGGGUAUGGCAGGCUUUUAUAUGCGUGUGUGAGGGCGUGUGUUGGUGACAGUGUGCAUGUGCAGGGAAAGGCUGGGUCGGGUGGGGUACGUUGGGUGAGAUUAUGCAAUAUGUCCAUUUGUUGUUUUGGUGACUUUGUAGAAUCUGAUAGAUGUAUGAUGUUGCGAAGUUGAUCAUUCCAGUGAGAUGAGUCUAAAACGUGAUAUAUCCAUGCAGUGCGUGGGCGUGUGCUUUCUGUGUCACACGCAUGCCCAUGUUUAUGUCUGCCUGUGACUACUGUAUGCGCAGUCCUGUGUGGACAUGCGCAGUGGAUGUCAGUGAGCGUGGCCAUCCUCAUGGCUUUUUCAAACCAAGUGGAGCCGAAGAGCCAAAGCCAGAUGGGUAUUUUCCAGGGUCAGCAAAACAGUGAAAACAAGCGAGGCCCUCAGAAAGGCCCGGAACUCUGUUCUAUUGUGUAGCUGAAUGAUUGGACAGCUUGAGCCGGCUGGAUUUAGAGCUUUACAGCUUAUUUAAAGAAAGACUGUAACAAAGUGGUGCAAGCAGCAUGCUUGUUUCUUUUUCCCUUUUUUUUUUUUUUUUUUUCUCUGUGCUUGACCUACUUUGAGUGACUGUCAUGCAGGGAUACCGUCUGAUCACCACCUUAAAGUCAGCUCCUGUCUGUGUGUGUCUGCACAGGACUCUGUAAUGCAGAUGAGCUCUGUGCUUCAGCCUCUGGGACUGAUGCUUCUCGUACAGUAUGCUAAUGAGCAUGAUGUGCUGCACAAAAUAUGAUACUGUUGUGUUUUAAUAAUCCAGUAGGAUAUUAACAUUGCAAAAUACGCUCUGAUUUAAUGUCUUGAUACCAAAGUGGGACGUGCAUUUUCAUGAGAGAUGCACCAAUCCAUUUUUUUCCGAUCCAAUCCGAUACUGAUCCAAUACUGCUGUUGAUUGAAUGAAUGAACUUUAUACCUUGCCCUGUGAGUGAAGGCAUCAGGCUUGACAUUAGCCAAAUUAACACAGAUUUAAAUUUACUCAAUAUUUAUUAACAAAUAAGAAAUUGCACAUUUGGAGUAAGACUUCCUUGUAAACAUUUAGUGCAAAAGAUAGACAGACAUAGAAUAUAGAGUGAAUAGAAUGGCUGUGUUGCUGUGCGUAUCAAUUAAAAGAAAAAAAAAGACUCGAUUGGAACGCUGGAUUGGCGUCAUUCAACAUAUAUCUGAUGCAGAAAGAGAGAGAUGGACAGAGUGGAGAUGAAGUGGAAGCAGCUAGAGAGCAGGCAGGUCUAUGUCAGCAAAAUGUCUGCAGCAGUGAUCUAGAGUAGUGUUUCUCAAGUCCAGUCCUCGAGGCCCACUGUCCUGCACACACCUGAUUCAAAUGAUCAGCUCGUUAUCAAGCUCUGUAAUGGCUUGAUAACGAGCUGAUCAUUUGAAUCAGGUGUGUGCAGGACAGUGGGCCUCGAGGCCUGGACUUGAGAAACACUGAUCUAGAGGAACUUAAGGCAUGAUGGUGCCCAGAGACUCUCAGAAAAGACUUUGUAUUGGUGACUCUAAUGGGACAUGACGAUUCACUGUUUAUGACAUAGACAAGGGAUAAAGAAGGAGAGAAAGGUGCUCAAUGUGCCAGUACUCUGAGAAGUCUAAACCUAUGACAGCACAUCCUAGAGCUGACCUGACCUGAACCAGCUUUAACUACAAGCUAUAUUCAGAGGAAAGUUUUGAGCCUAUUCUUAAGGGUAUAGCGGGUUUCUGUGCCCUGCUACUCCAGAAGAAAGCAACUUGAUAACUGAAAUCACUCAGACCACUUUUAGAGACUUAAGGUGUGAUAAACAGGCCUGCAUAUUGGGACCACAGUAGUCUGGUGGGGUUAGUCAUGACCAUAAAGGAGUCAUUUAAAUUUCUACCCUUAAAUUUAAUAAGGAGCGAGUUUAGAGAAGCUAACACAGGGGAGAUGAGCUCUCUUCUCCUGGUUUUGGUCAGUAUUCAGGCUGCAGCAUUUUGGAUCAGCUGAAGUAUUUGUAUGCAGGAAUUUAACUAUCCAUCAUUAAACUUUAAAAAAAAAACAAAAAAAAACUCAGGCCUCAUGGCCCAUCAUGCACUGUCUGUCACCUCCCCCCCUGCUGUAGUUCCCGCUCAGACAGCAUCUCUAACAGCAGAGCGGCUGAAGUAUAUUUAGUCACUCUCCCUGAAUAUUUAAACUACUCUGCUGUUCCUUGUUGCUAUAGUGAUAUUCAUUCGAAGCUACAGUCCGAUUGAGCGUUAUAGUUGUAUGUUGUAAGUAAUAGAAUAAAUUAUAGUUUAAAGUGGAAGCCUGAAACUUCAGAUUUUUAAAGAACAAGUAUUUUUAAACUUAAAGGACAUUUAACAACUUUCAUUUAAGGAAUCAAAAAUGACCAAUAUGCCAUAUGUUUUUAUUUAAAGACCACAGCUGUCUGUUUUGCUCUCCAUCUGAAGGACUCUUUGUGCUUUUUGUCUUAUUCUCUGUGCAGUUCAGUCCUGAGAUAAUGCACCAACAGGUACUCUUACUUGAUGUGGAGCUCUCUCAGUGUUUUGUUUCAUGAAGCUAUUAAGAACAAAGCAGCUGUGGUAGAAGCUUUUGUUUCGUCCUGUUCAGGCCAGCGCCAGCUGCAUGUUCCCUCCAUCCACACCGCCAUGCUGGUUCAAAGAGCAAACAGUGAACGUGUGAAUGAGUGAUAUUGGGCUUAGUCAUCCAUUUGCUGAUGAUGGAGUCGUGUCCCUAUUGUUUCCUGCGCUGUAUCUGGAGCAGUGAGGUGAUCUGUGAGUUUUUUAUCUGCUAAAAACAACAAGUGGGGGUUCCUGUACCGCAUGAAAUCCUGUCAGUUUCUACAUGGACGGAGAGAGUAAAGUACAAGAGAUGAUCCUGUCGUUAAUGUUCUGUUUUAUGUAACACCGUUUUUUGUGUCUUUUAGUUGUGGCUGUGUUACCCAACCUCGGUUUAAUCAUAAAGUCUAUUGCCCCUCAGACAACCUUUAAAGAACUUUAUAUAAAGCCACUAACUUUAUAUAAUAGUUUAGUUGUCUGAGAGGCACAUUAAUAUUACUUUACUUUAUUUCAGACCUGUUAAAAAUACAUAUAAAAAAGCAACACGGGGACAAUGAAGCAGAGAAAAAGUCACUACAGUCGAAAGUUUCACAGUGAUUGAAACACAAAGAGGCACGUCUUCUUCUGAUGCUUCCAAAACAAAAAGGAGAAGUUGUGUCACUUAGUCAGGGUGAGUAAGUGCCAUAAUGAUUUCAUUUUCUGAAUCAAUUAAAUGACACAUAAUUUCAACAUAAAGCCUCCCAGUGUGGCAUUAAAGGUAGAAAUAUCAUGAGAGACAGAAUCAACCUUGGUAAUUUGAAGAAGGUUUCACUUGCAUCAGUAUCUGCUACUUGAAGCUUUUUCAUGCUAGCUUGAUUGUAAUGAGCUGCCAAAAGUGUAGAAGACUAUGCUCUAAAAAGCUCCUCUUGGACAUUAUCCAUGCAUUUUAAAAAACUUAAAUGCCAGCUUGUAAGCUUGUGCAUACAGUUUUCAGCACUGGCAUUGCAGAUCUCUCAGAAGUUAGUCCUGAUAAUGUGCCACAGAGAAUGUACUUUGUCCUCCACACACAGGUGCGUGAGCAGAAAUAAAGGUAGCUUUUGAUCGUCAUUUGCUUUUGCAAUCAUUUCAACACUCAACUUGACAGCAUUACAAGAACAAGUCCUGAUUAUUUGCUACACAUCAGCACUAGGAUGUGAUUAUUAACUUGGAAAAUUAUUAACUUGGAUUUAACCUACAUGGAUGAAUGGCACUGUCAGAAGAUAAAAGACUUUUAAAUCAUGCAAGAGUUCAAUUUAUGAGGGAGAAUCAAAUGAAAUUUUGAUUUAUUAGUAUUUAGAUAGACUGUUUACAUGGAUAAUAAAUACAUUCUAAAAUUCAGUAAUGACUAAAGAGAACAGCGGUAAAAGAAAGGACAGCAUCCUUCCUAAUAUUGGUCUGUUGCUGUUCAUUUUCAAAGCUGGUAUCCACCCAUUUGUUUUUGAAACCUAAAAAGUAAGAAUAACUUUAUUUAUCCCCGAAGGCAAAUUCAUUUGUCUGUAAUCUCAUUUGUCAUCUCUCAAAAAGUCAUCUACUAUUUAUAGUAGAAUUGUAAGAAUCUUGGAACACCUACUCCAACUUGUGACACUUAAGGCUUUGCCACUGAGAAAUGUUUGUCUUAUUAAAGGCUUGCCCUUUUUUGUUUUAGUAAAUAUACCAAUUGUCAUCAAUGUGCAGAGACUGGUUAUCUGCUUAUCAGCCACCUAAUUACCUCUUCAUCUCUAAUCACCUUUCUUCAACAAAUUCCAAAUCAUAUAAGUAGGCUGCUGGGUAUCAGGAAGUUUGGUCAGUAGUUGAUUCCUCAGGGUGCUGUUGAUGAUGAAUAAAAUCAUGUUUUACAUCCUUCUCUCUCUAAAUAAUAAAAAAGGAUUAUAAAUGUAUAAAAAAGUGCACAACCUGUACCCUUAUUGGCAGUCAAUCUUUGGCUUCUACAAAACAAAUGGGGGUCCCUAUGACUUGGGGAAAAUCAAGUCUUCUCAACCUCUUCCCACAAGGAAAAACGGACAUCAACUUUUGGAUGAACUGUGGGUUUCUAGCUUGGCAGCAGCACAGUAAACUAUGAGGGCAUUUGGAAGCACUACAAGUAUGAGGUAGAAGUGUAACCAUGAUUCAAGAUUUCUAAAAAAACAAUGUCUUAUAGUGGUGCAAAAGACAAAAAUGUACAAUCCAAAGCACCAGUCUUCAUCCACAUCACAUCUUGUAACAGUUUGAAAAUUUCAGUUCUUUCAUACUUAAUCAUGUCAGUCAGGACGAAUCAUUAGCCCAUCCAGAGUACCCAACAUACAGAAUAAUCAAAGUGAUCAUCCCCUGAUCAGUAUUAAUCAGUAUCAGAGGCAUCGUAACACACCAGAUAUGAUGAGCUAUCCCCCCACAUGUGAAGCCUCUGAGUUUUCUUUGCCUUUUAAAUUGACGUGGCUUCUGGUGCAGAGAACUGCAGCUUUCAACAGAGGUUGUCAGCGGUGUCUACUCUGAUUCAGUGCUUUGAGCCACACUGAGGGCCCAAAUGUAACAGUAGAUCAGUAAUUCAUGGCCACUUACAGCAGCCAUUGGUUGGCAGUGACGUAAUGGCUUGCAUAAUGCCAUGUCAAGUAACUGUGCCUGUCGGGCGCACAGCCACACGGAUCACUUACCGAGCCUUUUGUAAGAAGAAGGCUUCUUGCUGUGCCAGUGGUCUGUGUGUGUACGAAGCGAAAAUGAUCGAGUGCUGGAUCAAAGAGGCUACCUUAAAGGCACUGUGUGUACAAUGGGAGGACAGGGACUGCCUGUCUUUGAACAACAGUCCUUCAACUUUGCAUUUGUGCCGUAAGUGGAACAGAAAAUCCCCACGCCACAGUCAACAUGUACUUCAGUUUGAGCUUGUAGUAUGAAGUGUUAUAGUCCUACUUUUAUGACAAGAAUGAUACAUCUAAUGUAUCUCUGUGGUGAUGCAUUAUGGUCAUGUUUUUCACAAGGACCCACCUACUUCUAUGGAACGACUUGAAUCAUUCAAGAGGAAAAAUGGUGUAAUAUUCACUUUUUAUUUGUGAAAGUCCUCAUGUUGUACAUCAUAUAGAACAAACAGCCCAGUAAACAUCAAGUCACAGUGUUUUGGUUGGGUAUUUUUCCAGUCUCUGGUGCUUUUCUUAUUCAAACUGGUGAUGCACUCAAAAGCAAACAUAUUGAUUUCUUUUUGCUGUUUAAGUCCUUCACUAGUGAGAAAAUACUCAGGUUGUGUCUGAUGGUGUCCUGCCAUAUUUUCCCCAGCUGCAGCUACAUUUGUUGAUGUUGUGGUUGUUGUUGUUGUUGUUGUUUUCACAUAUUAGCUUAACUGUUAGUAGCCAGGUUAGCACACAGAGCUUCAAGCCCAUUAAGCCUCUGGUGAUGUAAGUACGAGUAGGAGAGGAUGUUUGCGGAGUGCUGCUGUCCUCACUGAUCUCUGGGCUUAACCCACAUUGUGUUUACAUUGAUAUAUUCAAAGACUAUUUUUGUGGUUCAUGUAAUGCAGUCAUAAAUAAGCAUCCAGGGUUUAACCAUCAAUUUGUCCAAAGAGAUUGUGAAGAUUGUGGGUUACAUUCUCAUCCGACUUUCUUUUUCUGUUUUUAGCACUGCCAGUAACUCAAACAAGAGCACACCUGCCUGCUCGCCAGUUCUGCGUAAACGCUCGCGCUCUCCCACACCACAGAGCCAGGAGGGUGAGAAUAUGGUCGAGAAGGGUUCAGACCACUCCUCUGACAAAUCCCCCUCCACACCUGAGCAGGUUGUCCAGAGAACAUACUCCCUGCAGUCAGCAAGAAGCGGGGGAAAGAACUCAAAGGUGAGUGACCUACUUUUGCCUGUUUGACACUUUUCCCCUCGUACCUGAUGGAUCAAAAUGGAAGUUAGCUUUGUAAUAUGAAAGGAGGAACAAUUACACAAGACUUGAAAACAAAUGUAUUCAGCCCUCAGCACCAAAAGCACAUAAAGUUCUAUUGAGAGUGCUCAACAGUGAAUCGUUUCCUCUGAAAAGAUUUGGUGCUGUGAGGCGCAGUUCCCGGUAGAAGACAAUCAUUGAGCAUGUUGUGGUUCACAAAGCUGUUCUAACAUUUUCACAGAAUUACUGUUGUGGAAAGCUUCACUGUGGGUCACAGUUGUCGAUUUCACACACACUGAUUAUGCUUAGACCAGUCAGGACAAGGCUUGAGUUAUCCUCUAUCGAAUUAUGAAGAAGUAGAUAUUUGAUUUACAAGAAAACAGCUUAAAACUGCACAUUUAAACAUUUUGGAAAUGCUAAGAAAAUUAUAUUUGCAUCAUGUUAGAGUAAAAAAAAAGUUAUUCUGAUGUAUGUUGAUGCUGACACAGAGGGAAAUAACAAGAGCGAGUAUGUAAACAGCUUUAGAUAACAUUGAUGUGUUGUAAAGAGGGAAUAAAUCAGACUGUGGCAGGGUGAUGUUACAAGCUAAGUGUUGAGUUGUGUCUCAUAGCAACUUGACAGGGAACGUAGUAACUUUAUGAUAGUGUAGUGCUGUUUAUAUGGCGACUCUUUCUGUCAUGUGUGCAGCCAUUCAUAAACUGUGACAGUAAAAGCACGUCAGAGCCGGCCCAGAUGGAUUCUUUUUCCUCAGUGUAGUGACGCAGCCUGUAUGACUGUUUAUUGACUUCUGCACACAGAUUUGUUACUGGCAGGCUGCUUCUAUCACUCUACCCCCUUCAGUAGAGAUUGCACCUCCCUCAUCAUCCCAGACUUUGAUUUUUACAUCCCAUACACUCCCCGGUCUUCAACUCUCUCCUUUCUUUUGUUAACUUUACAAGCUUCAACUUAUAAAUGAUGUUAAAGGUGAUCUCAGCUUACUUACUAAGUUUGUCAAAAGGGAAUGACUAAAUCAUGACAUGUGUCCACUAAUGGCAUUUUUGUGUUAGCAGCACCCAAGACCUAGAUAUCACAGAGCCUCAUACUAGUGCUUACUCUGGGUCAGUUAUGGGAAUUGAUUGAUUUAUUGACUUUAUUGAAACAAAUGUCGUAUGAAGUGGAAAUCAUUCAAAUUCUUUAUCAAUUCCAAUGGAUUAUUCUGUGACGGGGGGAAAAAAGCGUACCUGCACAGGUUUUGCUACCUUCACUUCCCUGCUGAGACCGGCAAGUCUGGCUUUCUUCUGGACCUUUACAGUUCAGCUGCUCACAGAUUUAGCCUCUAAGCUAACAACAGAAAUGAUGCUACUUCAGUAAAAUUUGCCAGAAAUCAUCACAGUUAGCUGAUGUUGGGCAAUACGAAAAAAAUAUUGUAUCACGCUGGUGCGCCACGCAUCUUUUGGCUCUCAUGAUAGAGCUUGGCGUGUUUCAUCUUUUCAUUGGUGAAAGAGGUCGCUGAUGUUUCCACCUCCAGCAACAACAGCCACAUGACACUCUUAGUACAGUAUUGUUUUUUGAUAAUUCUUUUUUAAAUCCGAAGAAUCUCCAGACAAUCGAUGUCGCGACUCGCGCCCUUUUUCAGAACAAGUUCUUCCUCCCCUUCCUCAUGUUGGGUGGGUUGGGCUGCCUCUGUUUGCUCGGUACUGCCUCUAAUCUCCGCCAUGACAACCACCAGUGAAGCUGUUUCUUCUUCGUCGAAACUAAGCCAAGCUGUCCGCUGGACACCCUGGUGAUUAUUGGGAAUGCACCCAAACUUGACCAAUCAAACUAAGCGAACAAACUCCGCACGACAUGCUAGUGAACAUAAGGAAACGCACCCAAACGGAUGCGCUCUGGCUUUCCUGUUAGCAAGCGUAGACAACUGCACACUGACUCAGAGAGAUGCUGCAGACAUCUGCUCUCUCUCUCUCUCCGGUAUAAACGAUACAGCAAAAUUUCUACCGGUGGACACUUUUGUACCGUCACACAGUAUAUACCGUAAUACCGCCCAACACUACAGUUAGCCUUUGUUGUUGAGGGACUGGAACUGGACAGUUUGAAAAUAAAGUCCCUGGAUGUUGCUUAAUUAACAGAAAACUGUCAGUCUCACACAGCAAGUGGAUUUUGGUAGCAAGUGAAUUUAAGCUACACACAAUAGUGGUUUGGACCACUCCUGCCAUCUGACCGGCAUGAUUACCUCUCUAACUCUUCAACUCUUUGGUUGUCAUUCAAACUGACAGUUUUUUGCAAUGUGCCACAUUACUGUCUUGCAAGUGAUUAAGUGGCAGGCAUCGACAAAGAAACCCUUUAGCAUACAAACAAAUGAUGUCAAUGGCUCAAACUCAUAGGAACCAGUUCUCAUCUGGAACAGGUUCUCAGUUGCCAUCCCUAGUCCCAUGGCGCUCUGGCUUGCCUUGUCGUGACUGUCAAAUGUGUUUUAAAUACUUAUGCUUCACUUCGCUCAUAUUCGAUAGAACUUCACAAGAAAAAUGGAAAAACAAUCAACAAAAAUUGUGUGAUAGGAGUUUCAGCUCUAGAUCUGGAAAUCGUGGUUACAAUUACAAAUACUACAAGGCCUAAGCACCUCAUGUAUAGAGGCUAUGAUCUCUGUGGCAGCGGUUGGCUAAGUUCUCCACCCUUUGCUUCAUAUCUUUUCCUACCCUCUACUCCGCAUGUUUUCUGUCUCUCUUGAGCUGCCUUAUCUAAUAAUGGCAAAAAUGCUUAGAAAUUUAUCCCUGAAAGAAAGACGUUUGAUUGGCCAGUGAAGUAGAAGUGACAUCAAAGGUUGGAUAGUGUCCUUAAAGUCGAACUAUUUUCAACCAAGUGUGCUGUAAACCAAGGAUGUAUUGGUCUCAGUUGUUUGGUUUUACUGUGAAGCUGCAGACCGUUUCCCACCUGGUGGAUAAAUAAGGUUCAUUCGUUCUAAAAUGACAUUGUUUUUGACAAUAAAGUUAAUGCUGCUAGCAUAAAAAAUGCCAAAAGUGGACACACGCCCUAAGAAAUAAAAUUAAAAAAAAUGCUUCAAAAGAUAGAACAGCUACUUGGUGUGAGGGUUUGUGGACGCAAGAGUCAGCGUCAUUUUAUUUUAGACACUUUAACUUUAACCCCUGUACGAUGGGUACAUCCAAAUCCCAAAUGUCACAACACUUCGCACACAGACAUUUGCCAACAUUGUAAAGAUAGUGGGUAGCUUGUUUUUUUUCGUAGCAACAUUUAUUCCAAGGUGUUUUCAUAAACAAUGAAUUGAUUAGUUUGUAAUGUUUUCACCUACUUGUUAUAGACUUCAUGUCAUGAUUUAGUGAUGUACUAGUGAAGGGUUGACAAAGUUAUAGUUGUUGGUUGCAAAUAGUGAUUAUGGUAAUAAUAGGAUAUUUUUUAAACCCAGUUGUUUUGCUGAAGUUUAGCCUGCUUAAAGUGUGUUUCUUUAACUAUUUGACUUAGGAGUGUGUCUUUUCAUGACUGAUUUAAACCAGCAAAAAAAAAACAAAUGGAGCACAAUAGACUUUAAAAUGAAAUACUUCCCUUGUUUGGCAGGUUGUUGAAUUUUUUGCAGUUGAUGGAUCUGCUUUAGCGCUUCCUUCUUACAGAAACAGCUGUGCAUGCAGAACUUGGUAGAUAGGAAAGCGCAGGGAUAAUGCUGUUAUAUAUCACACUUUUGUUGAAUAAUGCAUAGACGUGGAUAGAAAAGGAUGAAAACACAACAGUUCCUCUGUUGUUGCGGUCCCUGCUGUCAUCUGCAUCUCUUCUUUACAAAUGAACUUGGUGAUGAACUAAUCUGUCAGCUUAUUUCACACAAAAUGAGCAUGUGGCUCUAAUGUUUUGAAUGCUCAGCACUUCGACGGGCUUCCAAAAUGUUAGAAAUAAGCCAUGUCACUAAAAUUUUCAUUUACCAACUCAUUCUGUUCUCAUCCGUCUGACAUCAUCUGCGUUUUUUUUUAUUUUAAUUUCACAGUUUUUUGUCUCCACAACAAAGUGUGCACGCCUUUUCUCUCCGCUGCUGCUGCUACAUGCCAUGUGAUAAUGUGUGCCAUCUGAUAAUGACUGUUUCCGCUCUUCUGUUUGUACUUUCAGCUGUUUCUUCUGGCAGUUGAUUUCUUUUUUCUUUUCAUUUUCUCUCUGAUUUUUCUUUGUUCUUCUCCUGAUUGCAUGCUAGUCUCACAAGCGACUAUCCAAAGUAAGCAUUACUCUUUUUUCUGUUCUUCAAAUAUUUCUGUGCCCACCUCCCCUCUGCCCCACCUCCUGUCUUGUGAGCCGCUCUGUGGAAAUGUCCGAACCCUGUUUGCAAUGCUACACCCGAAACCCUACAGCUUGAUCCUGUGCACACUGCAAUCGCAACGAGCCCCAUCUGCACCCUCGGUCACAGCAGAUGGACAUUUCUUAAAACAGACAACCCCACCCAGCCACACUCGCUCCCUUCCCUCCUUCACUCUCUCCUUUCCUCUCCUUCCCUCUCCUCUCCUGGUGAUAUGCAAUGUAGCAAAUUCCUCAUUUUCUUAUAGCCUGUAAAAUGAAAUCUAAAACCAGAGAAAAAGUAAACCAAAAAAUGCAAAAUCGAGUAUAUUUUGUGUAAUUUCGCAAGAUUUAAAAUGAAUGUAUGCAUCUUAUUUUAUACCUCUUUCCCUCUGCUCUGGCCCGUGUCCCACCCCUCUCUUUAAAGACAUCCCGUUGUUACAUUUCAGUAAUGAGAGCUUUAUAUCUGUCACGCUGCGCAACUGCCUGGUUGCAAAGGGAUAAACUCUUAAAAAUCCUGCCAGCAUCUCAAGCCCAGAGCUGCAGGACCAGAUCAUUAUUUUAGCAGCGCCUCUGUUGCCACAUGAAAGGAUCCCCUUGCUCUUGUUUUCUCGCACCACAUGCCCAAAAUGCCCCUCCUCUUUCUGUUAAUUUACUGCAGGCAAGUGUCACAUUUUAGCGCAUCGUUCAUAUUGUCACUCCAUCCAUCCAAUUUGCUUUGUGUCGGUCCUCAUUCCACUUUUUUCUUUCUUUUAUUUCACUCAUUAAAUUAAGAGUAAGCUUUCCCAACAGUCAGUCCGUAGGCUCUCGUUUUGCAGACCCCAGUAAAGGUGGGACAGUCAUAUAUAGCGAGGAAGUAAAUAGAAGGUCGCUGUGGUUAGAAGCCUCAUGAUGAUCUGUUUGCCACUCUGCAGUAUGCAAAACCUAUUUCACAUACGCUCACACACACACACAUGCACGCAUCAAUUGAUUACAUCACUUUUCAUUUCUGUGCCACACUCAAAGCCCCCACCCCCCACCCCUGCCCUGUUGCAAUCCCCCCACGUGAGCCUCCGCAGUCAGCAGCGGUCACAUGACCCCAGACAUGGCGUGAGGUCCUUCCCACAACGUGAGCUUGAUCACCCUUGCCCUAAUGCAAUCCAAAUAAAAGAGGGCAUUCAGCAAAAGAGGUGUCAUCAUGCCUCCCUGCAGGAAGGGCUGUAUGAAAAUGACAGUCAGACUUAUGCAUCAUGUAACAUACAAGCGAUCAUAAAUCCAGAGUCUGAAUAAGCAGCUCGUUAUUGUCGACCAACAGAAGACCUCUGGAGCUAUGUCACUGCUCUGACAGUUUUUCCUCAGACUUCAUAAUGAGUCACAGACUCAGCAGACCGCUGUUUCUCCUCUCUCAUUUUCUUUGUGUUCAUGUUGCAUACUGCUUUGGUUAACAUUUUGUUUUCUCUUUAAUUUUCUUUCAGUAUGACAGACUAAACCUGAUUAAAGUAAGCAUUUCUUCUUGUUUUCAUUUGACCCAUUGACAAUCCCCGCUGGCCCUUAUUAAUCCCCCGGCCCUCCACUUCCUCUGUAGACGUGGGAUUGUAGGAUCCCUUCGUGACAGUUUCAGACCCUUGUGUUUUUUCCCAAGCUUUCCAUCCCCUCAAUUAAUGUGGAAGGACCCUGAUUGUGAACUAUGAAAGGAAUGUCUUAUAACAUACUGUAAUUAUUAUUGUAUAGCAUCUGUUUCAUGUAAAAGUUAGUUGUUAUCUGAAAAUCCAGACAUUUUAAAAUGGAAGAGACUGAUCAUUCUGAUCUCCUAAUAGUUUGCAGAGACAAAUCAGGUUGGUGGGAUUUGAACUAGGGGUGUCCCGAUACGAUAUUGAUGUCAGAUAUCGGCCAAUAUCAACAAAAUAUCAAAUAUCAGAUUAUAUCGGCCUGUAUCUAGAAUUUCCUACAUCAGCACUUCGAUACAAGCAGUCCAUUCCAAACUCCGCUCCAGCACCUCUAUCUAGCAGCACCCGGAUCCAGCAUGUAGAGCCCAUGUGAUCACAACAACAGUGUGUACCAAGUUACUAACAAAGUAGCAAGGAGUAGGAGUGAUGUCGGCAAUGUGGCACUAAAAAGACAUUGCAGCUGAGUACAAAACUUAUCAUACACAUGUUUGCGCUAAUAUCGGAUCAAUAUUGGUAUCGGACAAUACUGAAGGCUAUAAUAUCAGUAUCGUAUCGGAGGUAAAAAAAGUUGUAUCGGGACACCCCUUAUUUAAACCACUUCCUGUAUUCUUGACUCUCCAGAUGAAUAUUUUCUUCAACUCUUUUGAUUCAAUUGUGAUGACAAGACAGCUUCAGUAUUAUCGGUGCUGAUAAUGAUCAUUAAAAUAAUCGAUUUAUUGGCAGGAAAGUAAACUUUUUAAAACUUUUUCAAAGCACCUCUUUACAAGACAGUCUCUCUCUCUCUGUCCUGUUAUUACUAGUCAUGUGCAGCCACACAAAGUCAAGCACAAUAGCGCUGCACACCUUAUCCAGACAGUGGCCUCAGAGUAAUUCCUCUCUCGUGUCUCUGUCACCUUCAAAUCAGAUUAGCCCACAUUAGCUUAGCUUUCGUCACAGCUAGGCCUCAGCCUCGCCACUGCAGCUCAUCGCCCGCUUUCAUCAUGCAGACGACGAUAACCACCAAACCCUGUCAGGCACAGAGAAAAUACUGGAAACACGACGAGGUGUUUAGGGUUUUUAAAGACGACGGGUUCAGUGAACUCAGCUACAAUAAUGCUCUUCAUCUUUAGGUUUAAUAUGAUUUGAUAUAGAAUUAUCUGACAAGGGCUUAUCAACAGGCCCAACCAAUCAUCUUGAUAAGUUUUCAAAAGUAAAGUACAACAGAGUUUCUCAUUUUUUGAAUUUGGUACCUUUGCUUAUGGCGCUACUGGAAUCAGACACUGGAUAUCACCCCUCACCCCUCUAUGUCUUCUCCUCCCUCUGACUUUCUUCUUCCUUCUAAACCCUCUGAAUGAUCACCUGCAUGUUUCUCCUCUGGGACUUUCGCUCUAAGACUGUUAGAGUGGAAAGUGUGGGGUUUUUUUGUGGCUGGGAAAUGUCUGAUGUCAUGGUUAAGGAUUUAAGAUAUCACUCUGCUGCCCUCUGCUGUUACAAAACCCCAAAGCCAACAAUAUAAGAAGCGGUUUUAAACCCAGCCUGAAAUAUGAGCGUUAACAAGAAAAUGUUGAUUUAUUUAAUAUGGUUUGGACCAUUAAACCAUAUCUUCACAUGUAUGUUCCUUCUCAGGAAGUAGGUUUUUUAUAUAUAUAUAUAUAUUAUGAAAUAUGGAAAAAAAAAUUCUCAACUCAAAAUUCUUAUCUUGAAUAUGUUCACAUUCAUGCUGCAGCUUUUUAUUAAACUUUUGGACGAACAGUAAGAUUAAAAGACAUACUGUUGGGUAUGUGUGGAAGAAAAACACAGACACAAAUGUCUUGUCCAUAAAGGAAAUGUUUUGACAUGACAUAUGAUUUAUGUAGCAUUCAAAUGAAAGGACUACAGGCCAUUUUUAUGUCCAUUUGUCUGUAAAUGUUGAGAUAAGAAAAUUGAUGAGAAUUUAAUGCUGCCUUUGUGUCAGCAGUGAAGGUCCUCACUGUUAAAUGACCACACAGUGCCUAGCUUUAAAAAAAAAAAAGUGUUCACAGUUUCAAUAAUUACCUGCAGUUUAUGAUAUAAUGCGCAGUAAGAACUUACCACACCCUCUGUGUGUCUAUAUAAGCCCACAAACCUGCUGCAUCUUCUCAAAGUUUCUCUGAGUGAUUAAUAUCCUCUUUUUCUCUUUCUCUUUCCACAGAAGAGCCAAAGCUGGUACAAUGUAAGUCAUGUCUUUAUUUUUUAUUCCAGUUUUCAACAUAUGUGAUUUUUCAGGUGUGCUUUUGCGACUUCAUGUAAAGUCAUAGACUUCUUUAAGUCCCUUGGAGUUGAUCUAGUGUCAGGUGCUGCUUACGUGACCAAAAGGUUGUUGUCCUUGACCCUGUUUACUGGAGCACCAGUUCACUUGUGUGGGUCACUGGUCCUCCAGGCAGGGAUUAACAUGGGUUUAAUGGAGCAACGGGUAGACCUUUGUAAUUCAAGAGAGCAAGGUGACUGAAAAAUGAGAGUCUAGCAACAUUUAUUAUGUAACAUCAACACUCCUGAGCAGAUCAUCCUGUCAUCAAAACUAAGUAUUGCAGUUUUCUGUUUGGCCACAAGAUGGUGUGCUAGCUCUGUUUUUGUUCCCAUCAUAAUUCCUUUAGACGUGGGCAGUAACCAGUAACAACAACUUAAUAUUUUAUUAAAACCUUCUUUAAAGAAUCAAAAAAAGGGUGCCUGCUGUGUUUAUUAAGCCCAUGGCAGUGUUGGACUUAACACCAUUCAGUGUCGAACCCUAGUAUCUCCAGAUGUGUGUUUAUUGGACUUUUUCCCAUUUUGUGUUGUUUUAUUUCUUUUGUUUUAUUCCCUGUGUGUACAUUCUUCCCCCUCUCUCCCCAGCAUGAAAGACAACACAUCCUGAGAGUAAGCAUGACUUGUAUUAUUGUGCAACCCCAGGGUAUUUUUCUGUCUCUCUCGCUCUGUACUUAAGUUCUCAGACCACUCGAAUGAUAAUAAACCUCCUGCCUGUUUCUCAUUCCAUUGACUUCAGUCAGUGCUGUUACCACCUAAUGGCAAAGCUAAACUUUAGAGGGAAAAACACUCACUUAUUAUUCUAAAAUAUGUCAAACUUAAGUUUUCUUUAAUUUUCUGUAAUAUUUCAAUUUCAUCCACAUUAUUAUUGAUAUUAAAGUUGUGUAUAAUCUGUCAGUCACGUUGUUGUAGCUAAAGUAUGGUAACAAUUUCAACCUCUAAUUUUGGCUCACAGCAGGUGGUAACAAGCUGUUACUCACUGAGUUUCUCACCUCACUAAACAGAUCAACAAACCGUCAUAAGGGCCGCUGGACGAGCCUUGAAUUCCUUUGAACAACAGGAGUAUGGAGCAUGCUGCUUGAAGUCGUGGCAUGUUACCCUGCAGCCUGACUCUAUUUUUGUGUCCUUGUUCCUAAUAAUUAUGGAAACUCUGACUUAAAGGAGCUUGGGUUCAGGUAUUCAUGUUAGUAAGAUAGAAAAGAGGCUUGGUCCAAAUAGUCCUGACAGCUUUUUUUUUUUUUUAACACUAAUGCUUUGAAGUAUUACUAUAUAAACAACUCAUAUUCCUUCUACUGACCCUUUAUCAAGAUCUGAGUGUCACAAGAUAUAACUUCUAACAAAUGUACAUGUCUAACAUGGAAAUUUCCUGUCUGAGUGUAGAGUGUACUGUCAGAUACAAUAUGUAAAAUCUCAUCAAAAGAAAUUCCUGCAAAUCAAAUCUCAAUUUAUUGCCUAACAUGAAAUGCAGAAGAAAUUUUUUAAAGCAUAAAAACAGUGAGCUGCAUUGAAGACACAAUAUUUGCCCCGAUAGUUAGCCAUGUCUGAUAAUCAGUCUACCCUGAAUAGACACAUCAAAAGCCCAAAAGAUAUGUUAGUAGUAAUGUGGCUGAAAAUAAUUGUAAAAGUAGGGUGACCAUAUUCUGAAUCCCCGAAAAGAGGACAUGACUACACAGGGGCGGAGUCACGGAGUCGUGCGUUGUUAAUUUUUAGUGUUUUUCAGGUUGGAUUGAGUGUUUUUAUGCGCUUCUAACUUACUAAGUCCAUGCAACACAAACUCAAAACUUCCAUACAAAACCCCAAACAUUUAUGCGAUUUUAUAAACUCCCUCAGACAAAGCAGGACAAAGCCAGACAGCCCCCCCAAAAAGAGGACAUGUACAGUUAAAGAGGACGUAUGGUUACCCUAGUAGAAGUUAUUUGAGAAUUGGAUGUAAUGUGGUACAUUCAGAAACUCAAUCAACAGAAAUUAAUAAGUUAAAUGUAUCCAAAAGCUACUUGAACAAUUUUAGAGUGUAGUUGGUUGUGCACCUCUACACGGCAAUGAUGACCUCCCAUGGCACUGAACCCACAAUGAUUGACAAAUCGAUCCGUCCUGAUAUGAGUUCUGAGCCUGUUCAGAGAUGUGCACACUGCCCGGUGGCCAUCUUCCUUCAGCGCCUUUUCGUUCGCUUUGCAUCUACACAAUUCGCCGCAAUGUCUCUGUGGCAACUAAAACCGCACGCUCAUGUAAAGUUAGCCGCGAAAGGAAAAAUGCAAACCAUGUUCCUCUACCCUGCGAUCGAUGCGCACGUUAGACAUAAAUGAUGGGAUUGUUUCUAACAGGAUGGACACACACCUCUAUCACUCAUCCCCACCCUCUUAAAAACACAUAAACCCCACCCUGGAUUACUGUACCAGUUCAUCCCAUCCCCUAUUGUUUGUCAAGCGGGUUAAUAAUCAACUAGAUCCAUAAACACAGCGUAUCAGCAGUCCCACCUCAUUCCUUCUAUCAGACUGUCACCUGAGCGCUGGACGCCGCAUCUCUCACAAUGACCUCUUUCUUUGCUUGGUAUGUUGGAGAAAGUGAAGCGAAUGAGCAAGAAAUAAAAGUCUACUCUCCGCUCUUGGAGCCUUGGAGUCCCGUCUGUUUUUCCCCUCUUCACAUUGUUUCUCUAAAGUCUUGUUAAAGUGGAGAUUGGGAAAUAACAGCAGAGGAAAUUGCUGAGUUCCGGUGUACUGAUGUGGACCACACAUGAGCUUUAGCCACGCUGGUUUUAUUUCUGCUGUGUUUUGAAUUGUGGACAUGCACCACUAUAUCCACCUUCUUGACUGCCGACAUAUUUUUAGUUGAGAAUAGUAGGAGGGAAUGUACACGGUUGUUUUUAUAGGGCCGCUAAACUAGCAGCUGUAACAGUGGGCGAUCAAGUAUCAGUGCUGCGUGAAUGACCGUGCCUUUUUUGUGUUUUUGCACUUAUACUUUGGAUUUCAGCAGCUGGUCAUUCAUCAAAAGAACAAUACGAGAUCAACAGACGAAGAAAUAUUUGCGUCGGAUUGUUGGUCAAGCUGCUUAACUCUUUAACCUGAGCUCUGGACUGCAGCCCCAUGCAGACCCCGUCAAGAUUGAUGGUGUUGUUUUGCAGGCAGAGGUAACUGGAGGUUAUGCUCACAUCUGUUCUCUGUAACUCAAUCACUCAGUCAGACAGCAAGACGGACUCAACACACACUUCAUCAGCCUGGAACACAUUGGUGGAUACUCUUCUAUUUGCCUCGGGUUUUCAUCCGUCUCACUGUAUCUCCUUUCAUCCCAGUGUUAUCUUUUGUUUGCAUUAGUCAGCCUCUCCACAAAGUAAACUUGCCUCAUUCUUUGCUAGUCGUAAACUUGGUAAUUGCAAAGCACUCAGGCCUUGACAGCACUGCACACACACACACAUACACACACACACACACGCUUACGAGGAGGCGUAAGCAGAAAAAAAGGAAAAAGCUACUGGCAUGAUAAUAAAGGACUUGUUGGCUGGGGUUACUAGAGGGCAACGGCCGUAACUCCUCUCCCUGUGUGUGAAAGGAAGAGAGAGAGCCAGAGAACGACAGAGCAAGACGAGGAUCAUGUGGCUGGAGGGUGCCGUGUCCACCACUUAGCACUGAACUGGGAAUCAGGGGGCGGGUGCUGCAGCUUCCAAAACCACUGGAUUCACAAGCUCUGAAUACUCUUGUUUUCCAAAAACCCACUGUGACUGACAAGUCCUCCAGCGCCACAGCAGCCCGUUCGGGGGGCUUGUUUUGGAAAAAUCGGCCACAGCACAGGCAACCGAAAAGGAUCUGGCGCCCGUGAGUAUGGAACCGUUUGAGGAUUGUACGAUGGCAGACUGGGAGGCCGUGUUGGAGCUGGAUGAGGCGUUGGCAGGGUGGCUUCUGCAGGGACCAGCAAGAGGGGAGUGGGGUUGGGAGUGGGGCUGGGCUGCUUCGGACCUACAGGACCCAGAGUGGGACACAGAGGAGAUUCCUGCUGUAAGUUGACCUCCAUCAAACUGAAAACCAUCAGAAGAGGAAUGAGCAAAAUGAUGUGGAGAAAAAGAAAAAGAAAUAUCGUAGUCUAGGUUGUUAAUUUUUAUUCUUUUUGGAGAGUAAACUCAGAAAGAGUGGACGGGGGAAAAAUGGUGUAUCAAGCUGCUGGGGUACUUCCCCACUACCAAAGAAAACAACUGGUAUGAGUAUGAGUCAUAGCUGUUUGAAUUCUGGCUGAGCUCAUGGAGACCUGAUGUUUGGACUGUGAGUCGGGUUACUGUGAGAGGGAGAGGUGUGUAGCGGUCAUGGAUGAAGCUUCCAGAAAGAAACAUCUUGAGCAUCUGCGGUUAGUUUAUUCCACAUAACUAGUGAGGUUUCCCUACAGAACUUUUUCACUCUUCACAAAACUUUGAAGCCAAGUUUAACCAGAAUCAUUUACCUCUGCAUUGUAUUUCUGUAUCCUCAACUUUGUUUGUUUUACAGGGGGUACAUUUCAUGGUUUUUGACGCAAACAAGCCGUUCUUUUCCCACCAGCCCUGACCUAAAUAUUUUUUUUUUCCCUUUUGUCUCAGUCUACCUCUUGUUACAGUAUUGGCAGCUAUUGUUUCCUGAAGCUUUCCUGUUGAAGGAAAGCAUCUGGCACAGACAGUGAGAGCUCUCACUUUGGCACACAUGCAGAGAUUUUAUACAUCAGAGGGUUUCUCUCAGCUAAUAAUCGAGUCUGCCGAAGCCAAAAUGAAGAAAAGUGUGAUUAUGCUGAAUAGGAUAUCACUCUCAGGCCAGAGAGAAAGCAUUCAUUAAACCCUGAACUUCUGGUUUUUGUUUGCACUUUAGGUUUCAUCAGCAGCUCUUCUGGCUCUUCUCACUUUAACAAAAGCCUCAUUGUGUGACACAUGUUGCUCUGUUAGACAAAUCUGAGAAUGUGACUCAUAUUAUAGUGCUCAUAAUAACAGCAGCAUGAUAAGUAAAUGACCUGCAGCGGGCUGAUGUCUUGGAAUUGCGCUUUGAGUAUCAUUAAUAAAGCAGCCUUUAAAAAAAACAAACUCCACAUACCUCUGCUUGCCAUUCGCUACACCUUCAUUUUUUAAGAGCCUGUCAAAAUCACCCACAGAGCAGAAGCCGAUGUGUAAUUCCGAGCUAACCAUCCAUCCUAAUCGAACCUGUGGGCGGUUUUAACAUGGUUAACCCACACGCUCACGGAAACAAAUAACAUGCACUGCUCCAGAGAGUCGGCACUUGUGAGUGAGAGCAGACGAGAGAGCAUGAAAAGCGUGCGUUUUUGGACAUGUGCACGUGUGUGGUAGUGUUUAUAAAUUUGCCUGUCGCUGCAGGUGCUGAGCCCGACGUACAAGCAGCGCAAUGAGGACUUCAGGAAACUCUUCAAGCAGCUCCCUGACACAGAGAGACUCAUUGUGGGUGAGUGGGCAACAUAGACAAACAGAGGCUAACUGAGGACUGGCUGGGUGAAGCUAAGCUAAGCUACCAUACACCUUCUGUUGCUUGAUUUAGAGGUACUUUUAACCUGAAAAUGAACUUUCCCAGCUGUCAUAGCUCCUUCCUGCACUCUGCCAUCAAUACACGGUGUCACAAGUUAAACAGAUUUGUUGAUGCAUAAUUCUCCCAGCUCUGGAAUGAAUACUGUCUCUGUCUAAAAUGCCCUGAAGAAUAAAUUUUGAGGGUAAAAACCAAGCUCGGAGUCUGAAUUUGACUUUGUUUUGGCUUGUUGACGUGGAGUUGACCACUAAUGAGUGUGACACAAACAGGACUGGAGUGUGCUGCAGUGAAGUUUAUUUGUAGCAACGCUCUUAAAAAUGCCUGUUAGCAUAGAUUGGAUCAUUGGAUAAUAGCAUGUUCCCAUGUGUGACCUUUUGAUGCACACACUUCAGUAAGCAGUUGUGUAUCUGUGGGAGAAGGUUUCUGUGUGGCAGCGUUACACACAACACUAAACACUUUUUCUCUGAUCAUGUCUUAUCCUCUUGUUCCAGACUACUCCUGUGCGCUUCAACGGGACAUCCUACUGCAGGGACGACUCUACCUCUCUGAGAACUGGAUCUGUUUCUAUAGCAACAUCUUCCGUUGGGAAACCCUGGUGUGCAAUUUGACACUCAGUACCUCUUUUUUUUCAAGCUGGUUGAGGUUAUAAUGUAGUUUUAUUCGUAAUAAUUGCGUGCGUUUGUUUUUGUGUGUGUGUGUACAGCUGACAGUGCGGCUAAAGGACAUCUGCUCCAUGACGAAAGAGAAGACAGCCCGCCUCAUUCCCAAUGCCAUCCAGGUCUCUACAGACACUGAGAAGGUAAGGACUUAGACUGUAGCUUUAACUCACACAGAGAAGUCACUAAUAUUGUUAUACCUACAACCAGAGAGGGAAUAUCUUUAAGACUUAAUCAUCUCCGUCUAAAGAGGCAGUUAGAGAGCCUUGUGGUACAUCGUCUGGUUGGAAAGAGAUUGAUGAAUUCAUCUUUAUGACCAACAGGGGGAGCAUUUUCCUGUUACAAAUUGGUGACCGGAGAAUAGUUGGCUUGAAAUGAAUGCUGCAUCAUGACUGCAAAAAAUAUGUCACUGCAAAUUAUAAUAAUCCCACAUGGACAACCCUUUGAAAACUCUCUUUAAAAACGGCUCUGUGAGGGUCGUGUCGUUUAAUUUCAGUGCCAACAAGACGUGGACUUAAUCACCUCAUAUUUCUUGCAGCACUUUUUCACCUCAUUUGGAGCCAGGGACAGGACCUACAUGAUGAUGUUCAGACUGUGGCAGAAUGCACUCCUGGACAAGGUGAGCAAAUCGGCCUUAAGUUCCCUCUUAUUUGAUAAGUUAAACUGCAUCACUUUGUAGUUUUCUGAUCUCUCUCUCUCUGAUUGGUCGAUGCAUCCUGCAGCCCCUGUGCCCAAAAGAACUGUGGCACUUUGUUCACCAGUGCUACGGCAAUGAGCUCGGCCUAACAAGUGACGACGAGGAUUAUGUUCCGCCUGAUGAUGACUUCAACACCAUGGGGUAGGUCUUUUUAUACACCAGAAUCAGUUACUAUGGUUACUCUUGAAAACAAAUCUCAGUUCACUUAUUCAUACCCAGUUAGUAAGGUCAUUUGAGAGUUUAGUAAAAGCAGCAUUUCAUGCAAAUUUCGGUUUCACCUACUAGCCAAGCUGAAUAAUACGAGGGUGAGCAUACGUCCUCUUUUACCCAGACAUGUCCUCUUCUUGGGGGGUUAUCCAGGCUGUCUGGCUUUGUCCGGGAAGUUUAUAUAAUCCGUCAAAUGUCUGCGGUUGUGCUCGGAAUUUUCGAGUUUGUGUCACGUGGACUUACUGAGUUAGAAGCACGUAAAAGACACUUGAUCCGACACGAAAAACUCAAAAUUAGUUUUGUGUGAAAUUAACCUCCAUGACUCUGCCCCCGUGUAGGUGUCUCUUCUUUUUGGGGAGUAAGAAUGUCGUUACCCUAAAUAAUACCAAUUCAAAAAGUGAGAAGAACUCAAAUGUUACUCUUCUGUGGCUCUGUCAGGUUUAGUGAAGAGAUUCCCAAUGAAGAGAACGAGAUCAACAAUGACAACUUGUCGAAGGGCAGCGCUGAGGCCAAACCUGAAGGGAGCCCACCACUGUUACACAAGAAGGUCAUCCCAAACAGCACCAUGCCCAGCCCAGGAAACCAGGACCCGCCCAUCACAGUAAGUGCACUGAGUAUCAAUGCCGCGUUCCAGUUGUACUUGAAAGUCGGGAAUUCUCGCGCUCCAAGUCGGAAAUUCAUCUGGAACACCCCCCGAAGUUGGAUUUCCGACUCAGAAAGUCAGACAAUCUUCACCAACCCUGACUUGACAACAAUGACUUGGCAGCGCAGUGCAUCAACAGUAAAGAGUAACAGUAAAAGCUCUUGUAAUGUAUUUAUUAGCACUUCUGUUUUGUUUUUGUGAAUUUAAAUAAGUGGUAUGUGUUGUACUGCCAAACGUCUAACUUUGAACACGGUGCUAUGGUGUUUGUAAGAGUAAAAUACUGUGUUAUGCGUUGUUUACAACUGGUAUAGCCAACAACAACCAACAACGGCUAACAGUAGACGUCCAUCUUGGUAUUCCGACUUGUUUACUGGAACGCCAUCAACUCAGGUGUAAUGUCAUUCCCAGCUCCGACUUCUGAGGUAACUGGAACGCAGCUUAAAAUCUAGACCAGAUCAAGUGCAACACCUCUGCAGGUCAGCAGAAAUAGACCUUUCAUUAUCAAGAAGUCACAAUGUUUUUCGUUUUCUCCGUAGUUUGGCCUCCCAUCAGAAGAGUACGCUGACUGCCUACCAGAUGGUGAGCUGCUUGCUGUGCCGCUGGUUGUGGAAGAGAAGAACAAUGACACAAGUGGACCUGGUGGUCCUGUACCCUCUCCUUCUCUGGACUUCAAUGACAACGAAGACCUCCCAACAGAGCUCAGUGACUCCUCUGAAACACAUGAUGAGGGUAACUCCACAGAGCAGAUUUCAUAUUAAACACAAUCUAGUUGACAUAGUUCUACUUUUUUUAGCCCAUUAACCCAAGAUCUGAUUCGUCAUCUGUGCAUCCUCUCAUCAUGCAGGUGAGGUACAGGCCUUCCAUGAGGAUUUGAACGGCAGGCAGCACAUCAACGAGGUCUACAAGUUUAGUGUGGACAAGCUGUAUGACAUCCUCUUCACAGAGUCGCAGUUCAUGAGUGACUUCAUGGAACAAAGACGGUUCACCGGUGAGUUUAUAAAGAUGGUAAACUGAAUAUAAAAAGGUCGUCUGUUGGCUUUAUUAUUUCAAUCAUGAUUCUCAACUUCAUUAUUUUGCUCUUCAGAUGUGGUGUACCACCCGUGGAAGAAGGAAGACGCAGGAAACCAGACCAGAGAGAUCCUGUACACCAUCUCGCUUUCCAACCCCCUGGCUCCAAAAACCGCCACAGUCACUGAGACACAAGUACAGUGAAACCCCACACACCAGAAGCAUUUCUCAUUAUCUUUGUUUCUGUAAGGUUUGAGAAAGCUUUACUAAAAUGUUUUCCGUCUUUCCCCAGACUUUAUACAAAGCCAGUCAGGAGAGUGAGUGCUACAUCAUCGACGCUGAGGUUAUCACACAUGAUGUUCCCUACCACGACUACUUCUACACUCUCAACCGCUACAUGCUCACCAGGGUGGCAAAAAACAAGUGUCGGUUACGGUGAGUCACUGUUAGCCUCAGAGAUGCACUGAUCCAUUUUUUUCCGAUCCAAUCCAAUACCGAUACCUGGGCUGAAUGUAUCGGCCGAUAUCCGAUUUGACAUUAGCCUUACGCUCUGUUUGCAUUAGUAACUGCAUGCUGUGUGUGAGGACGUAACCGGCGCAGCAGACAUAGAAUUUGAGCGAACAGAAUCACUGUGUUGCUGUGUAUGAUAUUAAUUAAAAGAAAAAAAAAAGACUGGAUUGGAACGCUGGAUCGGCGUCAUUCAUCUGAUAUCUGUUCCAAUUAUUUGUCAAUAUCAGAGCCGAUAUCCGAUCCAGAUAUUGGAUCGGUGUAUCUCUAGUUAGCUUAGCGUUUCUUCUGAAUAACAAAAUCUGUUUUUUCAUUAAAACUCUGAUCAAAAUAAAGAAAUGAUCAUAUGUUAAGUUAGGUGCAUCUGUUAGAGCGCAUCAGCUUCAUUAAAAAUCACUCCUGUACCAUCUGAUGAUCACUGCAUGUCCUCGAGGGAUCACGUAAUGUAUGCAUUAUCAUACACUGCUUAGCAUCUGUCUAAUGACAAACACUCGAGGGGCAUACAAAACUUCACCCAUACAAAAUUUAACACUAAUCAUCAAAGGGUUUAUGCGAAAAACAACCUGAAAUUUAUUGACGAAGCCAUAAAAGAGCUCAGUUAUAUAGUGCAAGGUGGCGACAGUACUCCUGCUAACAAAUGUUUGGAUAUUUCAGUUUAGGGAGCUUGAUUUUGCAUUGUUUGUAGUUUUUAGUUCCAAGGUGCAGGAAAAAGAUAGAUCACAAAAAAACAAGUUACCAAAGCUUACACCUCACAGAUGAGACUUCCAACUUUUCAUGCUGAUCUUAGCAUUUUGACCAUUUUUUUUAUUUGCAUGGUAUCAGUAUUCCUGUGAGGAACUCCUAACUGUUAAGACUAUUUCCUUCAUGUUUGAAUGUCUUUAUUUUCUGUCUUAGGGUAUCUACGGAGCUGCGCUACAGGAAACAGCCGUGGGGUCUCGUGAAGGGCUUUAUAGAGAAAAACUUCUGGAGUGGUCUGGAGGAAAACUUCCGCGUUCUAGGUAAAUUCGAAUGUUGUGUUUUAGUCUAUUUUUACAAUAUAAAUCUACAGUUUUGAGAAAUUGCAAUCCAAAAGGUACAAAAAAGAUAUAUUACUACUUUCACCACUAUUGUAAAGGGACAAGAUUGGUUCAAAGACGACUGAUUCAGGGUUCAGACACAGUUGGAAUUUCCAUACUUUUCCAUACCCCAUUUUUUAGAAUUAUUUUUGGAAUUACUUUUGAAAACCUACUUUUCUAUUUUUGAAAACAGUAUUUUUUUAUACUGAGGUAAUAGUCUGGAAACCUAAAUAUUUUUCCAUACUUUAUUUUUCAUUUACCAUAUUUCUUAAGACCUGGAAAUUGAUCAAAUUACUUCCAUACUUUCCAUACUUAUGUAGGAACCCUGCUGACUGGUAGAGAUAGACUAACAACAUCUUAACUGAAUCAUGAUAUGGUAUGUGUGGUAUGAAUGUGUGACAGUUGUCCUCUUUGUCCUCCCAGAGCUGGAGCUGUCCAAGCUGGAGGACAUCCUGACAGAGUCCCACCAGUUAUCUCCGAAAGCCAAAGUGGUGAAAAACUCCACGGUGAGGCGGAAGAAGAGGCCGCUGCCGCACAUGCGCAGCCAGCAUCUGGACGAUGCUCUCAGCCCUGUUACCACGCCAACAGAUGAGGAUGUCAUUCAAAGGAUCAAACAAGUGGCAGGCUCCACGCAAACCAGACACCAGAGUCCAGAACACCAUCACCUACCCGGAGGCCUCGCUCUCUACAGUGUCUCCAAACUGCUGCUCAUCAUCAGCUUUGUGUAAGCGACACACAAGCAUGUACACUCGCAGGCACAUGCACAACCACCCAUAUCGCUUGUAAAUCUGGCUAUGAGGGUCAUAUACAAAUUUUACACAUGCUGACGUUUCACACAAGCACAUACUGUAUACUGCACACACCUUCAUCUCAUGUCGAGAUCUUCCACAUGGUUUCAUGAUUUCAUCAAUUUUUCCUGUUUGUUCUGUGAAGUUUUGUCUAAUUCACCGAUAAAGUUGUGUUGGUGUCUAAUUAAUAUCUCAUUGUGUCGGUCUAUUAAGUGUAACCUGUCUCUCCUCUCCUUCCAUUGCCAUCCAUAGGAUCUGUUUAAGGUACAUAACCUGAUCAGCCAGCAUAGCCAGAUCGAUAUAUUUAAGUGUUCCUAGCAUACUGGGUCAUUGUUGUGUGCAGAUAAGGAGGUUUAUUAUCAACGCAAAUAAAUAAAUGUCAUCAAUGCUGAGAGGACGACUCGUUUGUGAACUCACCUGGUUUCUCUCUACCCUCCUUCAGCCUGGUCCUGCUGGUUUUCCUCAACAUGAUGCUUUUCUACAAACUGUGGAUGCUGGAGUACUCUGCGCAGUCCUUAACAACCUGGCAGGGUCUGCGGCUUCAUGAAAGGUACACUCACACACACACAUUCUUCUUUUCUUGUUUAAGCCUCAUGAGUGGCAUGCUGUGGUAGGUACUGGGCUUGUGAACAUAUAAAUAUCCAUGCAUGGUUAUAAGCGUACACAUGAAACACUCACACUGUGCAAGACACACACCAAACUACAUCCAUAUGGCAGCGUGAUGGGGAAACACCGAGCUCCCAAAAUUACCCCUGAAUCGCUCAGGGCUCACUGAAACGAUCUACCAAACAGUUUUUUUUGGCAGACCUUCAAAAUGGAAGUCGUGCUUCAGCUGCUGCAGCCUGAUGUUACUAAUGUGUGUUUGUCUGUGUGUGUGUGUUUGUGCAUGUGUGAUAUUUUUCUCUCCCAGCAAACUGCCUCAGACGCAGAUGGAGUGGGCCCAGCUCCUGGAGGCUCAGCAGCGUUACCAUGACGCCGAGCUGCAAAAGUGGAGGGAGAUUAUCAAGUCGUCAGUGGUGCUCCUUGAUCAGGUACUUAAACACAGAGAGUGACUUGUGGAAGUACUUCUAAAAUAUAUUGUUACAUGUUUUGUUAGAGAACGGAUGAGCCUUUUCAAAAACAAAAAUCUAGUUCUGUAACACUCAUCCUUAGAUGACAAACUUUGUGUUGCAGGCAACUGAAGUAGAGAGGAUGUCAGCCACUGUGUGAGCCACUGGGCGUAUUUUUAGUAGUAGUUUUUCAGUAGGAGUGAUCCACAUUUAGAAUUGUAAACUUUUUGAUCAAGGUGUAACUUCAACUUUUAUGUUUUUCUUUUUCUUUCUUUUUUUUUUCUUUUUUGGGUAUUUUAAAGCAAUUUUGCAUUCCUUCAUAAGUGUCACAUACUGGAUUUGUAGUGCUCUGUAUUGGGUCUCAUAUCCCAGUGUAGCAUACUGACCUGUUUCUUUUUUAUUUUAAAUACAUUUUAUUUAAGUUUUCAAAUUUUUACUUGAACAUUAUGCAACACACAAUGUCACCCCGACCCCCAUGACCAGACAGUGCAAAAAAACAAUAAUAAAUAGCCCACAUAUCUGCGCAUAUUUAUAGAACAGAAGUUGAUAAAUAAAGCAAAAAUCAUGUUAAUUUUAAGCAUUAAGCAAAAUCAUAAAUUAGCUUCCAAACUGGCCCUUUUACAAAAGUCUAAAAUGAGGGGAUGGAACAGCCAUUUCUAUAUAAACUGGUUCAGAUCAAGUGCAUCACUUUGUCCACAGGGGGUGCCAGAGUUCACACAAAGUCCUUCAUGGGAGUUUGUUGUUGUUAUUUUUAUUUCAAAAGACUGAAUAAGAAAAACAACACAAUCAUCUCCUACCAUUCUCAGCUUUAAAUGAGUCAGGCACCUUACCUGAACUACAUCUAAUUCAUAUUAAAAUAGAAAAACAGAUACACAAUUGACUUAUAUAAGGGUUACAUGGUAUGAAAGUUUAGUGAAAACCUGUACAGACCUCUUAUAUACACUUCAUUAUACAACUGAUGGGAUCGGCCCCCAUGAUCCAAUCUGAAACUCUCUGAAAACUUAAUUUGUCAAUAAAAUUUGUAAGAUUGGAUCAAACCUGAUAGCCGGAAUCUGAUGAGAUUAGUUUUGUUCCACUGGCUCCUGAAUAAAUCUGAUGGCAAGUUGAUCAAGUAUGAUUAAAAACCUUUUACAUGCAGCCGUAGUAAAGGGUGUAAGGAUUUUUAAAUGUGGUAGGAAUCUAUGAACUAACUGCUUAUAAAAUGAGAAAAACUCUGAGCUGUUCCAGGAUGUGGGUUGACUUCAUUUGCAGUAUCAAUACUCAGAUUUUUGACAAAAGUAUUACAGUCUGCAGCACUAAUGGAAAAAGGGUUGAUUUAAUUAAAUUAGCCCAAGGAUAGAGGUCCUUAAAACCCCUGUCAUGCAUCUGUGAUAAAUAAGAUGACACAUUUUUUCCAUCUUGUUUCUUUAUUGAAUUUCCCUUUGGGGAUCAAUAAGUUGUCCUUAUCUUAUCUUGUAGAUGAAAGACUCUUUAUUAAACCUCCAGCGAGGCAUUGGUUUAAGGGACUACAGCUCCGAGGCUGAGGAGAAGAGGAGUCGCUAUCACUGA